GAGUGCGAGGCUGUGAUGAGCUCCCUGAUGAGCGGCAGGCGUCUGCAGGCGGGAGUAUCUGUGAGUCCCUUCCCGUCCCUGUAAUGACGGCUGCUAUUCCUUGUGCACCCCCCUCUGCUAAGACUUCCAUUAUCCUGUCGCUGUGAGCUGCACAAAUUGCAGGACGUGGAGCUCUGAAGCCCACUAGGCCAAGUUAAAUAACAGAUGGAAUAUCUUUAGCAUUUUUAUGUAAUUACUUUUUUUUCUUUGCUCCUAUUUCUCCUUCCCUGCACUCCGCACACCAAUCGUAGGAUCAGAGCGCCGUUACCCAGCCAGGGGAAGGGGGGUAGAAUUGGGUGUUUGCAAUCUUUCUGUGUGAAGGGAAAGUGGAAUGUAUACAAAACAUAUUAUUUAUUCUGAUGAUGGCCAUUCAGGCCUUUCCUUGCCACAAACCAGCCCUCCAUCCUGCUACGUUUUAUUCUCCCCCCUAGGCAGACAGUCUAAUACCGCGAUUUGCCAUGACACUCUGCCAUCCUUCAGCUAUCUCAGCAAAAACAUCUGGCAACACUGGCCUUGUGCUUCCCCACAGUAUUCCCAACCAUCUCUGCUGGAAGACUAUUCCAUGUACCUACAGCCCUGGGUAUUGAAUAGGGUCACACAUAGUUAGUGCCAUCACUAAUUGGCAGCAUUGUGAAAGCAGAGGAUGUCUAUGUUCCUAAAGCGCUUCGUUCAUCCUCAGACAGGGAGGCUGCGGCACUAUAAGGUUUAUUAUAAAUCGUACUGUUGCUGCCGACCCCCAUCUCUCCCUACCGUCCAUAGCUGCUAAUAGCUACAUCCUCCAGCAAUUCUUCCAGCUCAGCUACUUUGGCUUUAAAUGUGAAUUCCUGACAAUUCUCAGUUUAGUGAAUAAUUCAGGGUGUGCUUAGAUUAUAGUCUACAGUUUAUUUAUUAUAAAGCACUUCAUACCAUAUACCAAUCUAUUAUACAGUAUACCAACCUAUUAUACCGUAUACCAAUCUAUUAUACAGAACUUCAUACCAUAUACCAAUCUAUUAUACAGAACCUUUAUACUGUAUACCGAUCUAUUAUACAGAACUUCAUAAAUACCAAUCUAUUAUACCGAACUUCAUACAGUAUACCAAUCUAUUAUACCGAACUUCAUACAGUAUACCAAUCUAUUAUACAGCCCUUCAUACUGUAUACCAUAUAUCAAUCUAUAAUACAGCCCUUCAUACCGUAUACCAUAUAUCAAUCUAUUAUACAGCACUCCAUACCGUAUACCAUAUAUCAAUCUAUUAUACAGCACUCCAUACCGUAUACCAUAUAUCAAUCUAUAAUACAGCCCUUCAUACCAUGUACCAUAUAUCAAUCUAUUAUACAGCACUCCAUACCGUAUACCAUAUAUCAAUCUAUUAUACAGCACUCCAUACCGUAUACCAUAUAUCAAUCUAUUAUACAGCACUCCAUACCGUAUACCAUAUAUCAAUCUAUAAUACAGCCCUCCAUACCGUAUACCAUAUACCAAUCUAUUAUACAGCACUCCAUACCGUAUACCAUAUAUCAAUCUAUUAUACAGCACUCCAUACCGUAUACCAUAUAUCAAUCUAUAAUACAGCCCUUCAUACCGUAUACCAUAUAUCAAUCUAUUAUACAGCACUCCAUACCGUAUACCAUAUAUCAAUCUAUAAUACAGCCCUUCAUACCGUAUACCAUAUAUCAAUCUAUUAUACAGCACUCCAUACCGUAUACCAUAUAUCAGUCUAUUAUACAGCACUCCAUACCGUAUACCAAUCUAUUAUACAGAACUUCAUACCAUAUACCAAUGCAUUAUACAGCACUUCAUACAGUAUACCAAUCUAUUAAACAGCAUACCAUACAGUAUACCAAUCUAUUAUACAGCUCUCCAUACCAUAUGCCAAUCUAUUAUACAGCACUUCAUUACGUAUACCAUAUAUCAAUCUAUUAUACAGCCCUUCAUACAGUAUACCAAUCUAUAAUACAGCAUUCCAUACAUUAUACCAAUCUAUUAUACGAUAUACCAAUCUAUUAUACAGAACUAUAUACCAAUCUAUUAUAUAGCACUUCAUACCAUAUAGCAAUCUAUUAUACAGCACCUCAUACAGUAUACCAUAUAUCAAUCUAUUAUACACAGCACUUCAUAUCGUAUACCAAUCUAUUAUACACCACUUUAUACCGUAUACCAAUCUAUUAUACAGCAUUCUAUACUGUAUACCGAUCUAUUAUACAGCACUUCAUACCAUAUGCCAAUCUAUUAUACAGCAUUUCAUACCAUAUACCAUAUAUCAAUCUGUUAUACAGCACUCCAUACCAUAUACCUAUCUACACUGCUCAAAAAAAUAAAGGGAACACUUAAACAUCACAAUGUAACUCCAAGUCAAUCACACUUCUGUGAAAUCAAACUGUCCACUUAGGAAGCAACACUGAGUGACAAUCAAUUUCACAUGCUGUUGUGCAAAUGGGAUAGACAACAGGUGGAUAUUAUAGGCAAUUAGCAAGACACCCCCAAUGAAGGAGUGGUUCUGCAGGUGGUGACCACAAACCGCUUCUUGGCUGAUGUUUUGGUCACUUUUGAAUGCUGGCGGUGCUUUCACUCUAGUGGUAGCAUGAAACAGAGUCUACAACCCACACAAGUGGCUCAGGUAGUGCAGCUCAUCCAGGAUGGCACAUCAAUGCGAGCUGUGGCAAGAAGGUUUGCUAUGUCUGUCAGCGUAGUGUCCAGAGCAUGGAGGCACUACCAGGAGACAGGCCAGUACAUCAGGAGAUGUGGAGGAGGCCGUAGGAGGGCAACAACCCAGCAGCAGGACUGCUACCUCCGCCUUUGUGCAAGGAGGAACAGGAGGAGCACUGCCAGAGCCCUGCAAAAUGACCUCCAGCAGGCCACAAACAUGCAUGUGUAUGCUCAAACGGUCAGAAACAGACUCCAUGAGGGUGGUAUGAGGGCCCGACGUCCACAGGUGGGGGUUGUGCUUACAGCCCAACACCGUGCAGGACGUUUGGCAUUUGCCAGAGAACACCAAGAUUGGCAAAUUCGCCACUGGCGCCCUGUGCUCUUCACAGAUGAAAGCAGAUUCACACUGAGCACAUGUGACAGAAGUGACGGAGUCUAGAGACGCCGUGGAGAACGUUCUGCUGCCUGCAACAUCCUCCAGCAUAACCGGUUUGGCAGUGGGUCAGUAAUGGUGUGGGGUGGCACUUCUUUGGGGGGGCCGCACAGCCCUCCAUGUGCUCGCCAGAGGUAGCCUGACUGCAAUUAGGUACCAAGAUGAGAUCCUCAGACCCCUUGUGAGACCAUAUGCUGGUGCGGUUGGCCCUGGGUUCCUCCUAAUGCAAGACAAUGCUCAACCUCAUGUGGCUGGAGUGUGUCAGCAGUUCCUGCAAGACGAAGGCAUUGAUGCUAUGGACUGGCCCGCCCAUUCCCAAGACCUGAAUCCAAUUGAGCACAUCUGGGACAUCAUGUCUCCCUCCAUCCACCAACAGACUGUCCAGAAGUUGGCAGAUGCUUUAGUCCAGGUCUGGGAGGAGAUCCCUCAGGAGACCAUCCGCCACCUCAUCAGGAGCAUGCACAGGCGUUGUAGGGAGGUCAUACAGGCACGUCGAGGCCACACACACUACUGAGCCUCAUUUUGACUUGUUUUAAGGACAUUACAUCAAAGUUGGAUCAGCCUGUAGUUUGUUUUUCCACUUUAAAGGAACACUAUAGUCACCUAAAUUACUUUAGCUAAAUAAAGCAGUUUUAGUGUAUAGAUCAUUCCCCUGCAAUUUCACUGCUCAAUUCACUGUCAUUUAGGAGUUAAAUGACUUUGUUUCUGUUUAUGCAGCCCUAGCCACACCUCCCCCGGCUAUGAUUGAUAGAGCCUGCAUGAAAAAAAAAAACUGGUUUCACUUUCAAACAGAUGUAAUUUACCUUAAAUAAUUGUAUCUCAAUCUCUAAAUUGAAGUUUAAUCACAUACAGGAGGCUCUUGCAGGGUCUAGCAAGCUAUUAACAUAGCAGGGGAUAAGAAAAUCUUAAUUAAACAGAACUUGCAAUAAAGAAAGCCUAAAUAGGGCUCUCUUUACAGGAAGUGUUUAUGGAAGGCUGUGCAAGUCACAUGCAGGGAGGUGUGACUAGGCUUCAUAAACAAAGGGAUUUAACUCCUAAAUGGCAGAGGAUUGAGCAGUGAGACUGCAGGGGCAUGUUCUAUACACCAAAACUGCUUCAUUAAGCUAAAGUUGUUCAGGUGAAUAUAGUGUCCCUUUAAUUUUGAGUGUGACUCCAAAUCCAGACCUCCAUGGGUUGAAAAAUUUGAUUUCCAUUUUUUAAUUUUUGUGUGAUUUUGUUGUCAGCACAUUCAACUGUAAAGAACAAAGUAUUUCAGAAGAAUAUUUAAUUCAUUCAGAUCUAGGAUGUGUUACUUUGUGUUCCCUUUAUUUUUUUUGAGCAGUGUAUUAUACAGCACUUCAUACCGUAUACCAAUCUAUUAUACAGCACUUCAUACCGUAUACCAAUCUAUUAUUCAGCACUUCAUACCGUAUACCAAUCUAUUAUACAGCACUUCAUACAGUAUACCAAUCUAUUAUACAGCACUUCAUACAGUAUACCAUAUAUCAGUCUAUUAUACAGCACUUCAUACCAUAUACCAAUCUAUUAUACAGCACUUCAUACAGUAUACCAAUCUAUUAUACAGCACUUCAUACCGUAUACCAAUAUAUUAUACAGCACUUCAUACCGUAUACCAAUCUAUUAUUCAGCACUUCAUACAGUAUACCAAUAUAUUAUACAGCACUUCAUACAGUAUACCAAUCUAUUAUACAGCACUUCAUACAGUAUACCAUAUAUCAGUCUAUUAUACAGCACUUCAUACAGUAUACCAAUCUAUUAUACAGCACUUCAUACCGUAUACCAAUCUAUUAUACAGCACUUCAUACAGUAUACCAAUCUAUUAUACAGCACUUCAUACAGUAUACCAUAUAUCAGUCUAUUAUACAGCACUUCAUACCGUAUACCAAUCUAUUAUUCAGCACUUCAUACCGUAUACCAAUAUAUUAUACAGCACUUCAUACAGUAUACCAAUCUAUUAUACAGCACUUCAUACCACAUACCAAUCUAUUAUACAGCACUUCAUACAGUAUACCACAUACCAAUCUAUUAUACAGCACUUCAUACCGUAUACCAUAUAUCAGUCUAUUAUACAGCCCUUCAUACCGUAUACCAAUCUAUUAUACAGCACUUCAUACCGUAUACCAUAUAUCAGUCUAUUAUACAGCACUUCAUACCGUAUACCAAUAUAUUAUACAGCACUUCAUACCGUAUACCAAUAUAUUAUACAGCACUUCAUACCCUAUACCACGGGUGGGCAAUCUGCGUCCCUCCACAUGUUUUGGACUACAUCUCCUAUAAUAAUUCUAGCAAAGCAUCUAGGGAGAUGUAGUCCAAAACAUCUGGAAAGCCGCAGAUUGCCCACCCCUGCCAUAUGCCAAUCUAUUAUACAGCAUUCCAUACUGUGGCAAACCUAGCCACUUAAGACUGUAUUUCCCACUUAAGACUGUAUUUACAUUUAUGUGAUAUUGUGGCUUUAUGACUACCUGAACUGUCCAUGUUCCCUAUUCUGUAUUUUAUGGGAACGAGAGCAUUCGUAUGCUGGUGGCACGAAAGCCACCAGCAUUCAUACAGUAGUUUCACGAACCGUGAAUUUCAACUACCGAAUGGGGGACCACACACAGGAGGUCGUGUGGCUCCCAUUACGGAUCGCAACAAAGUAUCUGUUGGCAGUUAAUAGUUGUUCAGGGUGGCCACCGUUCGGAUACCGACCACGCGGCAGCGGACAUCUUGGAUCCUUUGUUAGCCCAGCGGUGUUUGGUCGUUGAGUGCCUGGAACUAAAAUGGGCUACUCGACGGCACGAAUACCGCUGGACUUCUAGGCCGUACGGGAGCACCGGUCUUUCGGUAUUUUAUCUCUGCAUGUGUAUUCAAGACUUUUGUGAAGAAUUUGUGUUCCAAGUGUAUUUCGUGCAUUGUUCGGCUAAUUGUGCUGGGAUCUGUGCGGUACUUUCACGAAGUAUGCGCUCAGACCCCAGCUAUCUGCCGAACGGUCAUUCGGUACAAUAGCACCUCUAAAUAUUAUUCGAGUUAUAGAUUUUUAUGUAAAAAGCCAAUCCUGCUGUACGGAGGGAUAAUCCACUUAACUGGGUAUUCUAGUGGGAGUAUCCCUCUCGUACAGCAGUGCAUGGUGAGAGAAAUUUUCUGAUGUUAAGUUCCCCAUGUAGUCCCUUACUGUACAACCCCUGUAAAGUCAGUAAGGAAACCCCUUGCAUGGGGAACCACAUAAAUACUGGAGCUUGUGAAUAAAACCUCAGUUGACUCCCAGCCUAUGUGUCGUCUAGUUCUUGGGAAGGAAGGAUCUGUAUAACGCUACCGGGAUUAUUGUAUGCUGUACUUGUUUUACCUGGAUUAUUACAUGCUGCUCCUGUCUACCAGCGGAGAUAUUGUGGAUUAUACUACCUCUCCGCUACAAUUGGUGGCAAGCAACGGGAUUUCAAACACACAGCAAACCAGCGUUCGGCAGUAAUCACACGAAUAAAGAAGAGAAGCAGCAGUUCAACGGAACAAACCAUUCUGAUAAAACCAGUGUUCGGUAAAUAUGUCAAAAUAUAGGAACGACUGGUGAAUGGAGUCGAACUAUGCAACAUUGAAACGAGCUACACUGAAAGAAUUAUUGCAAUCAAAGGGAAAAAGCGCUAGCAGUAAAAUCAAAGUGACCCUUGUGGCAGAACUCAUGGAGGGAGACAGAGACCACUGCAGCAGCUCCACGGGAGUACAGACCCCAGCGAAUUUGACAAAGAGCUGAGGAGCAGACUAGCCUUUUAUCCAGAGACCCCCCCCCCCCCUAGAGAGACUGACCCGACUGAUGACGGAUGUGCAGGAGUACCUGGUGGUCAGGCUCCAAGCAAAUCAGCGAGCCGGGGAAAGAACAACACCACCUGUCAGCACUACCCCAGGGAAAGCCAAGAUUCACUACCAAGCCUUUAAGAGCUAUACAGAAGCUGACGGCGACGUAGAUGACUACCUGCAAGAUUUUGAGAGGUUGUGCCAACUACACAACAUCAGCGCGGCAGAUCAGGUACCUCUACUAGCUGGGAGACUAUCCGGACGCGCAGCGGAGGCGUACCAGAUGAGGACAGUAGAGACUAUGCUAAAGUAAAACAAGCCAUUUUAGCCAGGUAUGCGAUUACCUCAGAGACAUACCGGCUAAAGUUUCAGGACAUUAACAAACCGAACAAAGACACACACACACACACACACACACACACACGCAGUGGGCACACCGCCUGCAGCAAGCCACAAAAGGGUGGUUGGAAGCCACCCAAGUUACCACUCUGGAAGACCUGUUCCAGCUAAUGGUCAUGGAGCAGUUCUUCGACAGGAUACCCCCCCAUCUACAAAAUUGGGUAAUGGACUGAAAACCACGCACGCUACAAGAGGCAGCCAAACUGGCAGAAGAGUUCCAAGAUACCAGAAGGGACCAGCGCACCCAGCACCGACCGGUCUAUGGACCUACAGCACCGUUACCAGCCGUGACCUCAACCGUCCAACCACAACCAGGGGUAAGCCAAAAUACCUACAACCCCAGAUACCCUACCCGUCCUCCGAUCCGUUGCCACACCUGCAACCAGUAGGGGCAUAUACAGCGAGACUGUCCCCGCAACCGACCCAGGCCAAGCUGGAAUAAUGCAACAUCCAACAACCGAGCACUGUGCACUGUAUACAAGCAGAACAGUACAGAGCACCCGAGGCAGCCACUCCAAUGGAAGAACCUCUGGGGGCUCUACAUGAGGUAAACCCCAUCCAGGCUACCUCUGAUAACUGGCAGGGACACCGACAGGAAGUACACAUGAAGGGGAAAAAGGUACAACGUCUAAGAGACUCUGGGGCCACCUUAACGCUAGUCUGAAAUCAUCUGGUGCCAAAGAAUAAUCUAACUGGGAACUGUGUCGCUGUACGGGUGGCAGGGAGAGCUAUUUACAAAGUUCCCACUGCCAAGGUGCAUUUGAAUUGGGGAGCGGGAAUGUGGAGGUGGGGAUGAUGCAGGAUUUACCCGCUGAUGUAAUCUUGGGCAACGACCUGGGGGAGCUGACUUCAGCUUUUGUUCCCCAACCCACCAUUCAGGAAGCUCACCCGGUUGUGACCCGGCAGCAGGCCCGCACCACAGCUCCAUCUAACCACUCUGAGGCUCAGGUAAGCAAUGUACACCCCAUACCCUCUGUCAUGCCCUGGGCAACCACCCCUAGAAUUUGGUUCCGAUGUGGCCCUAUACCCCUCCCUGCAGAUAUAUAAGGACCAGGCAGGGCUGGAAGGGGAAAGGUACACCUGGGACAAGGGGCUACUGUACCGCCACGCAGAGAAAGUAGUAGCCGGAUUUAUACCGCUACCCAUUAAACAGCUAAUUGUUCCUUGGAAAUAUAGACUAGAAUUGUUACGCAUCGCCCAUGAUAUUCCCCUGUCUGGGCACUUAGGAAUCAGCCGCACUAAGCACAGGCUGACCCAGAACUUCUUCUGGCCAGGUAUCUCACAGGAUGUUAGACGAUAUUGUCAGACCUGUGACACCUGCAAGAGGGUAGGGAAGAGAGGAGACCGAUACAAAGCCUUGCUCCAUUCCUUACCCAUAAUUGAGGAACCCUUCAGUAGGGUGGCGGUGGAUAUAAUAGGACCCCUAGCGAAACCCAGUCCCUCCGGCAAGAAGUACAUCUCGACCAUAGUGGAUUAUGCCACCAGAUAUCCAGAAACGGUGGCUUUGACUAAUGUACACGCGGAAACGGUGGCAGAAUAUUCUCCCACGUGGGAUUUCCCCAGGAGACCCCGGGAGAUUAUUUCGGAUAGGGGCACUCAAUUCACCGCAGAAGUCACACACUAGCUCUGGAAGAUAUGUGGGGUACAACAGAUCUUGAACUCCGCCUAUUACCUCCAGUCCAACGGUCUCUGUGAACGAUUUAACGGAACACUCAAACAGAUUAUCCAUACGUUCAUAGACACUCAGAAAGACUGGGAAAGAUUUCUACCCCACUUACUUUUCGCCUAUAGGGAAGUACCCCAAGAGUCCACCGGGUUCUCUCCUUUUGAACUACUAUUCGGGAGGAGAGUGAGGGGCCCCCUUGAUUUAAACCGAGAACACUGGGAGGGAGAAUGGACUAUUAAUGGUACACCUAUCGUACCCUAUGUACUGGAGUUUAGGGAACGCUUGUAGGCUCUGACCCAGACCGUGCGCGACAACCUCCAGGCAGCCCAACAACGACAACGCGGAUGGUACGAUAAGGGAGCCAGGGGCCGCAGUUUUCAGGUUAGGCAAAAAGUACUAAUCCUACGACCCGUCCACAAGGACAAGCUGCAGGCUUCCUGGCAGGGCCCAUACAAGGUGGUAGAACAGAUAUGUGAUACCACCUAUAUGAUCGGUGCAGGUGCGGGGGGCAAACGCAUACUCCAUGUGAAUAUGCUCAAGCCCUACCAUGAGCGUACCGAAGAGGUAACCGCGAUUUGCGCGCCAGCUACCGAGGACUUUGAUAAUUUGCCUCUCCCAGAUAUCCUAGACCAAGAGGGCCUGACGGAGACCUGGGGGAGGUACAGUUAGGGGAGUGUUUAAGUCCCCAGGAGCGAACCCAAGUUCAAAGCUUAAUCAGGGAAAAGGGGGCCACCUUUUCCAAUCUUCCCGGGUACACCCCAUUGGCCACUCACAAGGUAGAAACCCCAGGACAGACCCCCGCUUCGCCAACCUCCUUACCGCAUACCAGAAUCCGUAAAAGAGAACAUGCGUAAGGAGAUUGAAGAAAUGUUACAGUUAGGGGGGAUAGAACAUUCCGACAGCCCCUGGGCCUCUCCGGUAGUGAUAGUACGAAACGGGACGGGACGACCUGUUUCUGUGUAGAUUACCGGAGGCUCAACGACAAAACUUUCUCCGACGCUUACCCUAUGCCCCGAAUAGACGGUCUCCUAGACUAAAUGGCCAGGGGCCAGUACCUCACCACAGUAGAUUUGUGUAAGGGGUAAUCCCGCUGGCUGAGGACUCCAUCCUCAAGUCGGCAUUUGUCACCCCGUUUGGCCUGUACCAGUUCAAGGUCAUGCCAUUCGGGAUGAAAAAUGCCCCGGCUGCCUUUCAGAGGAUGGUGGAUCGGCUACUAGAUGGGUUCCAGGAGUAUGCUUGCACCUAUCUAGACGAUAUAGCCAUUUUCAGCCACUCCUGGACCGAGCACCUGACCCACAUAGGAGUCGUACUAGACCAGAUUAGGAGGCAGGACUAACCCUUAAACCCAGUAAGUGCCACAUAGGGAUGGCAGAAGUUCAGUACCUAGGGCACAGGGUAGUAAGCGGCCAACAGAAGCCAGAGCCCGCUAAAAUAGAGGUGGUCGCCAAGUGGCCAACCCCCCUCACCAAGACGCAAGUCCUCGCGUUACUAGGUACCGCAGGGUACUAUCGCAAAUUCGUGUCCAACUACAGUACCCUAGCCAAAUCCCUCACCGACCUAACCCGUAAGAAUCUCCCUAAGAUAGUGGUAUGGGCCCCAGAGUGCUUCAUACCAUAUACCAAUCCAAAAUUAGUAUACAGUGUAAGUAGUGUACAGCGCUUCAUACCAUAUACCAAUCCAAACCCAGUACACCAUGCAAGUAGUGUACAGCACUUCAUACCAUAUACCAAUCCAAACCCAGUACACCAUGUAAGUAGUGUACAGCGCUUCAUACCAUAUACCAAUCCAAACCCAGUAUACCAUGUAAGUAGUGUACAGCGCUUCAUACCAUAUACCAAUCCAAACCUAGUAUACCGUGUAAGUAGUGUACAGCGCUUCAUACCAUAUACCAAUCCAAACCCAGUAUACCAUGUAAGUAGUGUACACCACUUCAUACCAUAUACCAAUCCAAACCUAGUAUACCAUGUAAGUAGUGUACAGCGCUUCAUACCAUAUACCAAUCCAAACCUAGUAUACCGUGUAAGUAGUGUACAGCACUUCAUACCAUAUACCAAUCCAAACCCAGUACACCGUGUAAGUAGUGUACACCACUUCAUACCAUAUACCAAUUGUGGCGGAACCAGCCUCACCACUGGGCAUUGAAGAAGACUGAUUGCCAGCUGGGAUGUAUUGCCUGCUCUCCUGUACUGCUGAGGAUUGUUGCCAACUAGGUGGAUUUGGCUAUGGAGCUUGUGUAGUGCCCUCUGUUGGUAGAAACGGUAAUAUGCACUACCUGAAUAGCAAGACUGGUAAUUUGCAUAUUUGGGUAGAUUUGCAUAUCGCUAAUUCUGCAUGCAGCAGAGACAUUUUGUGUUAAUUAUGGUCUUCCCCACCCAUUUAUAAAUAUGUAAUUAUGUUAUAAUAAGUUACUGUAUGUUGCCUGCUAUGAUUUGACUGUUUGUAAUUUUAUUGAGUUUUCACAUAUGGGCUAGUCCCAAGUAAAAUAAAGUUUUAGACAGGUCUACUUCACCCUCAAUUUGGAGUGCUGUCUCUUAUUGGGGGAAUCUGCUACAAGGGAUUGCUAUGCUAUUCAUACUCCCUUGCUAUAUCACUAAUAAGCUCUUGUAAGAGCUUGUUCCUGCCUUGCUCUCUGGAGGAGUCUAUGGUGGUACACCGUGUAAGUAGUGUAUAGCACUUCAUACCAUAUACCAAUCCAAACUUAGUAUACCUUGUAAGUAGUGUACAGCGCUUCAUACCAUAUACCAAUCCAAACCCAGUACACCGUGUAAGUAGUGUACAGCACUUCAUACCAUAUACCAAUCCAAACCUAGUAUACCGUGUAAGUAGUGUACAGCGCUUCAUACCAUAUACCAAUCCAAACCCAGUACACCGUGUAAGUAGUGUACAGCACUUCAUACCAUAUACCAAUCCAAACCUAGUAUACCGUGUAAAUACUAUAUUGUAGUUUGUGUAUAAUCUAGCAAUGUGAACAUUUCAUAUGUGAUGUUUUGCUCAGUUUGACAGACCAUUUAAUGGAAGGAGUUCCUCAGUGGAAGCUGUAUAUUUGUCACUUCAUAUUCUACUUAUUGUAUGCACACUCCCUCUGGAUGUGUACAGGGAGAGGCAUAGUGUAGUAGUGCUGGUGACUGGGGGUGCUGGGAGUUGUGCUGAGAUGUGAGGGGAGUUAUAUUCACAAACAUGCAAAUUAAAUUGGAAAAAAUUCUAUUCACUGCAAAUGAAAAUUCCGAGAUCCAUUCUGUGUCGGCUUGUUGAUGUUGCUGGGUACAGGAUUCUGGUAUAUAAUGAAGUCAGGCUGGAUCUGUAUAUGAAGAUGAUACAUGGCAUUGCACGCCCAUAUUCUGGUUAGAUUGAUGGGACGGGGUAACUGACUGCCUGCCUUGGCCAUUCCACCAACCAAGGAUUGAAAUAAAGGAGCACUAACUGUGCCUAUCGAAUUAAAUCUUGUACACAGUGUGUGCUUCAUUGUUAUUGUACAAGGUAGAUCCAGGAGACCCGCUGAGCUGUGGAUGUUUACUGAUUGAGAGGGGUGCACAACAACUGGGCAAAUCUGAGCUCUGUGUUAAUGGAAAAAACAAGUGUUUGAAGUUUGUCGCUAUGCACUGACUGAACUGCAGAGGGUGCUGGUGUUCAGAGUAUCCCCAUCACAUGCAAAGAGUGGUUAUGUCUGUACCUGAAGCACAGAGCAGCAGGGCCUGCUAUACAGUGUGUAGGCAAUGCAAUUGUAAGGGUAUGUUUGGUACAAACCAGAGGUAGAACUAGGAAAUCCUACUUCAAAACCCCUUUUAACAAUCCAUUGUGUGAUUUGUGGUGAAUGCUGCUGUGUGUAUGUAGUGGCUCUUUAUGUAGUAUAGCUCUCUGGAAUAACAAUGUGAUUGUGUGGAGUGUGUAUGUUUACAUUGUAUUAAUCUGAAAAUACAAGUAAAAAUGAUACCCUUACUGUGAUAUAACCACCAUGUUUAUUCAGACCACCCCCUGGCUCAUUAACUUCAAAGAGAACAGUUGAUUAAGUGCUCUCCCUGUGUGGCCACCAUUCGCAUAGUCGAACGCCACGUGCAGGAGAAAACGUCGGCCGUCUUGUUCACACGAAAGGUGGCAGCGGGACUUGGUCAUCGAGUGUUUGGAAAUAAAAUUGGACACUUGUUUGACCGGGGUUCGGGAAGGCUUUACGAACGCCUGCUUCUUUUUUCCCAACAGCCAGGAGAGCGCUGUUCGGUAGUUUUGUUUCCACAAACUAAGGGAACAAAUGCUGCUAUGAGCCAGGGGGUACUGUUCGUGUAAUUGUUCGGUUUCAAGACUUUCCGAAAUAGACCAACCGCACAGCCUAAUUUCAUGGAACUAUUUCUGGGGCGAGAACCUUGUGUGCGGUCGGUCAAAUUAAGACAUCCCUAGAAUUCCAGAACCCCUGAACUGAUCUGGGUGAUUUUUGGAUAUGUUGGUCACCCAGAUCAAGGCUAUCGGGCAAUAUAACAUUUGUAGGGAAUUUGUGUUUUGGCAAAAAAAAAAUUCUGCUCAGAGAUAAUUGUUAUUACAGUAUCUGACUCAAUUAUCUCCCAGGCAGAGAGUAGGGAUUGUAUGAUGUGUAGGGGAGUGUCAUACUUUGUAACCUUGUUGUAAUUGGUUGUUAACUUUUUUUGGAGUCCCCCACAAGGCCCUUAGAUGGAGACUUGCAUAAAAGCCAGUGUGGCACCAUUAAACUUCAUUCCUGUUGUACCCGUCAUCUAGUCUAGGCUGAUGUUUGGGUAACUGUCUUCUUGCUGGGGAGAAACUACUUGGAUGCUUCAUUCGCCUGGAAUCGUUUGAAUCUACACCCGAACUACAAGCUAUAAUCACUCAGGCUUCAGCCGUUCGGGAGGAAAUAAGCGAAUGGAUAUCUACCAUACCAGCGUUCGUAACACUUACAUUAGUGGUUUAUUUGAUUACAUGAUGCAGAAAAGUUUUUGUGCUAAAUACCCAAUAUUUAACACACCUGAUAUAGAGAUAUUGGCUGUGUUUCACUCUUGUGUUCAGAUAAGUAAAAAUCAAAACCUACAAAAAGUGUUCUACUUAGGACCAAGGCUGCUGCUACUUCCAGUGUGCUGAGCAAAAUGUAAAGACUGAAAUGUACACAAAAUAUCACACUCACUAGUCUAAACCUAAAAAGAGUAAGAUUGUGUCGUGAUUUUACACUUGCAUUACUAGAGCUGUAAUUGCCAAACUUUAGAAACCUAUCAGGGUUACAUUUCCUCUCUCACUGAACUUCACACAGCCAGUGAAAGCUGGGGUUCACAUCAUCAGUUGAGGAUAAAAAAAAAAAAAAAAUACAUUUUCAUAAAAGACAGAUCUCAACAACCCAAAACCCUGAGUUAUAUAAAUUUGUGUGUGUGUCAUGUCAACUGGAAAAUGAAGGGUUAGUGGAGAUGUUUACAGCCAGCAUUUUAAUAAUGAUUAUCAUCAACUGACACCUGUAAUAUCUCCUUACUACAACCUUUCAAUCUUAGAAUUCUUCAUUCUACAGACUCACCAGUUACCUACCUACUAAUAGUCACUGAGACAAAACCAGUGACGGCUAACAUUGAGCAUCAUGGGAAUUGUAGUUCACGAAUAUCUGGGAUGUUAAACUUGACUGCCUCUGAUCCAUACCUCAAAACAAGAAAAUACAGAUCUUGGUGUGCAGGGUGUGCACUGUAUCUGUCUGCUCUCUAAACAUCAACAGUAUUUAAACGGAAAUAUUCCAUAGUCUGGGAAGCAAAAUAGAAAAUGUUGAAUUGCCCUCUUGUAAUGGGAUUCACUUUGAAAGCUCUCCUUUACAUUGGAGUUAACUGUUAAAGUAUUCAAUUAAAGGGACACUACACUGACACUACAUCGAACCAAUUAGCACUAUUUAGUAGAUAUACCACAAUGACCGCAUGCAUUUUUCAUUGGUGAGAUGUCUAAAGCUUGUGAAGCCUGCAUAUCUCUUGUCUGAACCCUUCGCAAGGUCUCCCCUUCUAACCCCGCCCAGACUUUCUGUGGCUGUCCAAUCACAAACUCCAAAUGCAGUUCAAUAAGAGAUCUUUGCAAGGCUCUGGGCAAUUUCUGCCUCUUGGGUUUAUUUCCACUGAGCUAAACAACCAGGAAGUAAAAGGACUGGUUGUAUGAUUGACAGCCAGGGGGCUGUAACAAGGAUAAUUUAUAAAUGUGACAAUCUCAAUUUUUCGAAAAUGGGGGGAAAAGGGGGCGUGCUCUUCACACACAAAGCAAGCUAAAGUACUUUAGAGGUCUGGAGUGUUGCAACAUCCACUAUCAUCCGACAUCUGUUGCGAGCCGGAAACUCCCUCCUGGAUCCUAUAACUUGUACAAACAAAAAAACACCUCUCUCUUUACGCAAGCAUUGCGAAGAGCAACACUGAAACUCUGCUAACACCUCUGACUAGUCCAGCAGACAGAGCCUCUUCAAGUUUCCUGCAAGGCCUGUGUGCUCCUUGGGCGCGACCUGCCCCCUCCGCGCGCUCUUGACGUGGCCUGCGCGCUCCUUGGCGCGGCCUGCCUUCCCUGUGCGCUCCUUGGUGCCGCCAGCCCCCUCUGCUCGCUCCUUGGUGCGGCCUGCCCCCUCUGCGCGCUGCUUGGUGCCGCCAGCCCCCUCCGCACGCUCCUUGGUGCAGCCUGCCCCCUUUGCUCGCUCAUUGGCACGGCCUGCCCCCUCUGCACGCUCCUUGGCAUGGCCUAUCUCCUCCGCACGCUCCUUGGCACCGCCUGCCCCCUUUGCGCGCUCCUUGGCAUUGGCCAGCCCCCUCCUCUUGCUCCUUGGCAUGGCAUGCCCCCAACCUCCCCCCCGCCCAUGCACUACUUUGCACGGCCUGCCCCCAAACCCCCUGUGCACUUCUUGGCAUGGCCUUCUCCCCCCCCUCCCCACCCGUGCACUCCUUGGAGCAUUACUUGUCCAGUUUAGCACUCGUCACAUGAGAUUGCUACAUAUACAGUUCUUACAAUGUGACCAGCCCAUUUUCUACAUGAUGUACUAUUGUACCACUCUGUGUGAAUGAAUGUUAGCGGGCGUUUAAAGCGUAUAUGUGGAAUGCAUGGUGUGUGAGUAGCAGAUCUAGGCAUAGAGCUUUAGUGUGAAAGGGAUAUGAAAUGAUUAAACUCUCUUGGGUGAGCGAGUUAAACUGAUAAGCAGGUCAGUGGAGGCUGUAGGUUAAAUUUCCCAUGAUGCCUAGCUUGGCAAACACCCGCCUUUAUAACAGUGUGUCUGUGAGCGUACUCUCAGUAAUUGUAAACCAGACUGCAAAUCACUAAAACAGCCCAGCUAGAACUUUACUGGAGUUGGAGCAUUUUUACAAAAUUUAUUGUUUUAGUUCAAAUAUUAGAGUUCAGUUUCCAUUCUACCGCCUUUCACUGGUGCGUGAGUUAACAUCAUUACUGAUCCCUUCCAUAGUUAGGGGCUUAGUGCGUAACCCCUGGGAUCUGCGUACAGUGUGUGACUUGCUUCCUUGUACUGAUCGCCUGUUUGGAUUAAGGACCAUGGACAGCGAUGCUGUGUGUUAGAGCACACAGUUCUGUUUCUAAACUGGUUUUGUCUGAUUCUACAUGUUUGUUCUAUUUACCCACUGUACAGCCCAGUGCUGUAUGCCAAACGAAAACAUAGUCUGCAAUGACAAGUUUAUCCCUUGCAAGUAACCAGUAGAUCAGAUUGUUUCUCUGUGACAAAUCAAGCUAGCCGUGGUAAUGGUGUGCUGGUAAUUUCUGUGUAUUAUAAAUAGAGGUCUUUAGACAUGUUAGAUCUACCUGAUCUGUCUGUAGUCCUAGAACUCGCUGAUACUAUUCCGGGGAAUGUGAGUGGUUACUGUGUGAUUGAGGGUUUGGAGUAUUACGGUUAGUGAAUGUACAUUUGCAUGCCUUUAAGUUGUAUGAGAACGCGGAGAUUUUAUGUAAUAAUAUUAUAUUAUAACUCUUAACACUUAAUUACAACCCGUCCCACUUUUCAUGGUAUAUUAUAACUGGUUUUUAUAUAUAUAUAUAUAUAUAUAUAUAUAUAUAUAUAAUAAUAUAGUAAGUCCCCACCUUGGGCAGGUUUCUACUUGCAGUAACUUUAGUCUGAACCAUAAAUGCAGUUUAUGGAGCGAAUCCAGUGGUCACUGUGAACCCCGCAUUGCAUGGGAUAUUCUGAAAGGUUUGCUUACCUGUCCAUGCGGUGUUUGACAGGGGUACAGAACAUACUUGCUCAGCUUUGGACUACAAUUCCCAUUAUUCUCUGCCAUCCCCUGUCUGUUAUGUUAAGAGUAACACUGUGUUUCAGCUCCACUUUGUGAAGAACUAGUUUUUAAAAUUUUUCUCCUCUUUUCAGAACUUCUUUUCCUUGGGUUUAACCAAUUACUGCUUGGAACAAAGGCCAAAAAUCAAACGGCAAUCGCUAGUAAUGAUAGAUGUUGUAGCUGGCAGUGACUGAACUAGCCAGGUGCUUCCUGUCUCCUCGUUGAUCCCAUAUAAGGGAUUUUCCUGCAAGUUAAUUAUUAAUACUGUGGUUGUACAUCGUUAUGGUGAAUGAGAGCAUUGUUGGGUACUAAGUAAGGCCCGCGGUUUCUCAGGGGUUGUGUAUCAGUGUGCAGUCUGUGUAAUAAUGUAUAGGUAUGUAUGGCUUGGUCUGCACCUUGUGACUGCGUGUGAUGUAUUUGGGUCAAUAUCUGCGCACGUUGGAGGAGAUGCCCGUUGAAAUGUGAGAAUGAGUCCGGCCUCCUAAAAUACUUACAUAUCAAACGCAUUCUUUACACCAUUCACCUGCGUGUUCGAUUUCACCUAACAAAUUCAUGCAUUUCCACGCUAACCAUGCUGGUCUAAUUUCACUCCCCUCCUUCCCUGACCUGCCGUUGUUCAACAUUCAGAUGGAGUAAUGUUUUUGCAUAUCAUUAAAGCUUUCUGCAGAACAACAGCGACAUCUGCAUGUGUCAUAAUAUCAGCAAUAUCGGCAUGCCAGGGCAUGUGGGGGAGGGGAGUGUGACCCCAGCCAUAUAAUUCACACCCAUCCUAUGCCAUGGCUCAACUCCUGCUAUGUCCCACCAUGUCCCAAGUCCAGGUGGUCAUUGAGAGGACAUAGAGAAAUAGAGAAAGUUAAAACAAACAGGUAAUACUGUGUAUGGUGAACACAAACAGGCUUCCAUAACAGUCUUAAUGAUCAAAAGUCUCACCUGCCACAUUUACACUUUGCUGCAAUGCAAGUGCCUCGAUAUCCUGGGGUCUGCUCUAACGAAACGAGCUGCCAGCGUCUUGUGAUUGGAUGGAGGUGGGAUCCCUGCUUUUAAUGGUGGGUGCCAAUGCGAAUGACCCAGCGUGUGCAGGACAUUGAGGAAUAGGGACAGUGUAGGCUGCCCACUCAUUUCCCGAUACCAGCCUCUUUCCCAACUUUUCUCCGCUCAGAACAUACUCCAGCUUGAGCAGCUCUAAUGAGAUGCAAAUGAGAUAUGCACAAAGCCAUACCCCGUAGGAUGAUUAACCACUGGAGACAUUAGCUGCCGACUUCAGGCUGUGUGACUUUAAUAACCCUCUGCCGCCCCUCCACUCUUGGUGGGGGCUCCUUACACCCCUUGGCAGAGGAGUAAGAUUCCCGGACUCAUUGCCCAUCCUUGCGUUUCUCCAGCUGGGGGGGCUCUGGGCUCCCCUCAUCCACAUGCAGAUUCCUCAGUGCUUGUCUUUGUAAUCCAGACAGUGUAAGAGAUGGCACUUCAUUAUUUCAUAGUGUGCCAAAGCUCGUUAGCUGAACAAUUAUUCCUCAUUAAAACCCAUUGCGGGUUUAUUAACAAUGCAAAAAAAUAAAAAAAGUAAUGAUAUCCUCUGCGAUUGGCAUAUGGUUAAUCAGAAGACAUCAGCGCAGCUGUAAAUCCUGUGCGGGUUUUAUAUUCCAAGCCUGGUGUCUCUGCCCAACACAACGGGCAGCAGCACAAACCCUCUGUGUAGUUUUGUAAAAUCCUCACCAUGUUGGCGUGACUCUUAUCUCACUGUAUGCUUUUUUUUUUUUCAGCACCAGCCCUUGGCCCUGCACCCAGUGCCCACAGACCAAACAACAGGAUCCAACUCCGCAACAUCCAUGUGAGUACCCCCAUCACCACACCAGCGCUCACCACAUAGCAGGGAACACGUUACAUAUACCCAGAGCUAGUGCCCGUCAGGGGCAGCACUCUUUUGUAAAGUGGCACACUGAUGUGCUUGACUCCACGUUUCUGCUCCUAUGUGUGACGCUCCAUCCCUCCACAUAGGCAGACCUAGGAGAAAAGGCUUUGGAUCGGCCCCAUUCAUCUCCCUGGUGAUAGCCGCAAAUGCAGAUAAAUCUCUCUCAGCCUCCUGAUCCUGCUGCUACUGGGAAGCUGCCUCUCCUGCUACGUACCUGCUUUGGAAGUGUUUGUGUGUCAAUGUGUGUUAAUAGGCGUAAGCUGAGUCCUGUGAUUGUGCCUCCAUGAUGCAGAUUGUGAUGUAUCCUGGGGCACAGAGGAGGUCCAAACACUUGACCACAGAAAGAUGUGUCCAUUGAGUAAUGUAGCAUUAUAUGCCCCCCAUUUGCAGCCUUUCUCUUGCUGCUGGCAUGUCCCUUGUCAAUAAAUGCCAGACAGCGGCCAUGGUAUAUCGAGAAGUCUGUAGUGCCUGUGCCAUCGCAGCCUCAUAACGGGCCAAACCCUUUUGUUUGUUGUUGACGAGACGUUUCUAUCUGUGUUGUUAAUUGUGAAAAUUUGAAUACGAAACGAGCUAGCACAGCCGCAGUAAAAAGGAGUCCCCUGAGAAGUAUCUGAUGCCUUGCGAGAUGCCAAGGUGUCCUUGGCACAGAUCCUUGUUCCCAGCUGUCAUUUUGUUGUGUUUUUUUCCCCUUUCUUUACAUUUCCUUUGCUCGUUGUUAGCGCACAUUACGUUCUCAGGGCGGGCAUCCGCAACAUGGCACCUCUGCUUUCCAUGGUGUGGAAGGAUACAUUAUUGCUUGUUCACUGCGGCAGAAUCAGACUUGGGGGAGGGGAGCCACAUCAGUCACCCCCAAACCCCCAGUCCCUGCCUCCUACAUGUUCCCCGUGUCUCUCUGCCUUGUUUUCCUGGGUGAGCAGCCUAGCACUAGUACUCGAUGCCCGUUCUUUGUCUGCUCCGAGGCUGUAAAGGAUCCCCAGCCCUACACCAUUGGCCGCCGUGACAUAUACCCGCUGCUGAUAUCAUACGAAACUGUGGCGUUGCCACUGAAUGGAUGGCAUCGUGCCAGCUCGUCUGCCAUCCGCCCAUGCAGCACUCUCCCCUCCUCCUCCUCCUGUCGGCUCGAUGUUAAUUAACAGACGGGCUAAUUGAUUUAAAAGCUGGAAAAAAAAAUUACAGUUAACUUUUCCCAGAGGGUAUGAGCGGCAGCAGGCUGGCAUGGGUCUGCUGGGUGUGGGGGAGGGGGCAGGCACAACGAGCCUGCAGCAAACGAAAAACGUAGCAGCAAGGCAGCAUUGGCUGCUUAUUGGAGAACGGUGGUGAAACUGCCUCUGCAUGACUGUAUACUGCCAUUAUAUUUUAUUCGAAAUAAGCUGGGCACUCCCUAUUCCCUCCCCCUGGGACAAAUGGGAGCCUUUCUGAACUUCUACCAAACCUCCCCUCCUCAACCAACCCCCAGUGACACCCUGCAAUUAGGUAAAAUAAUCCCAGGUGACAGAAUGCCAGGAUACAAUGAAAUAAUUAUGAAGUGUUCACUCUCGCACCCAGCACCCCCUCCCCUUCUUGAUACACAAGCGUUCAUAUAAAUCGUCUUAUCCCCCAAACCUCACGAUUCCUCGCCAGGGCUAGUUUGUGUUUUCGGCACUUGGCACAGUGACUUGGAUGAGGCUGGCGCUCUACACCCCCCAAACCCCCCUAUGCCCGCUUCCCUGCAAAGCAUCUUUUCCAUCUCCUCUCCAUGUGAAGAAGGCCUUCAGAGACUCUGAGCUCAGCCCCUACAGCACUGAACCAGUUAAUUAAGAGCACAAUUAGCCAUGCAAAUAUGGGCUUUGUUUGGAGACUCCUCUCCAGAAGGAGUGUUUGUUUAGUGGGGGUUUGUGUCUGGCAGAGGGUGGACAGUAGAAUGAGAAAUGCCAUCAUCGCCCUAUCUAGCCCUCCUUCCUGCACCUCUCUGGGAGAUAACGCUGCGGAGAGCAAGGAGGAAUACAAUGAGCAAAUCAUCCUGCAUUUGCAUAAUGUUCCCUGCCUUGAAUAUGCAGAUUAGCUGUAUAAUUUAUGAGUCCAGGCUCUGCAAAUGGCUGCUGUGUGUGUUCCUUUCCUAGAGGUUUCUGUGAAGGGGCUUCUUAUUGCCAGCUCGGCAUAGCCCCUCGCAACUAUCUAUCUAUCUACCUAUAUAGUAUCUAUCUAUCUAUCCAUCUAUCUAUCUAUAUAGUAUCUAUGUAUCUAUCUACCUAUCUAUAUCGUAUCUAUCUACCUAUCUAUACAGUAUCUACCUAUCUAUCUAUAUAGUAUCUAUGUAUCUAUCUAUCUAUCCAGUAUCUAUCUACCUAUCUAUACAGUAUCUACCUAUCUAUAUAGUAUCUAUGUAUCUAUGUAUCUAUCUAUCUAUCUAUCUAUCCAGUAUCUAUCUACCUAUCUAUACAGUAUCUACCUAUCUAUCUAUAUAGUAUCUAUGUAUCUAUCUAUCUAUCUAUCUAUCUAUCUAUCCAGUAUCUAUCUAUCUACCUAUCUAUCUAUACAGUAUCUACCUAUCUAUCUAUCUAUCCAGUAUCUAUCUAUCUAUCUACCUAUCUAUCUAUCUAUCUAUCUAUCUAUCCAGUAUCUACCUAUCUAUCUAUAUAGUAUCUAUCUACCUAUCUAUCUAUAUAGUAUCUAUGUAUCUAUCCAGUAUCUAUCUAUCUACCUAUCUAUAUAGUAUCUAUCUACCUAUAUAUCUAUACAGUAUCUAUCUAUCUAUCUAUCUACCUAUCUAUACAGUAUCUAUCUACCUAUCUAUACAGUAUCUAUCUAUCUAUCUAUCUACCUAUCUACCUAUAUAGUAUCUAUCUAUCUAUCUAUCUAUCUAUCUAUCUAUCCAGUAUCUAUCUAUCUAUCUAUAUAGUAUCUAUCUAUCAAUACUCUAUCUAUCUAUACGCUUUCUAUCUAUCUAUCCAUCUAUCUAUACUCUUUCUAUCUAUACGCUUUCUAUCUAUCUAUACAGUAUCUAUCUAUACAGUAUCUAUCUACCUAUCUAUUUAUCUACCUAUCUAUACAGUAUCUAUCUAUACAGUAUCUGUCUACCUAUCUAUUUAUCUAUCUAUCUACCUACCUAUCUAUCUAUACAGUAUCUAUCUACCUAUUUAUUUAUCUAUACAUACAGUAUCUAUCUAUUUAUCUAUUUCUAUAUAUCUCCGUCUAUCUAUCUAUCUAUACAGUAUCUGUCUCUGUCUAUCUAUCUAUCUAUCUAUACUCUUUCUUUCUUUCUGUCUGUCUGUCUGUCUAUCUAUCCUCUUUCUUUCUGUCUAUCUAUCUAUACUCUUUCUUUUCAUCUCUCUCUCUCUCUCUAUCUAUACUCUUUCUAUCUAUCUAUCUAUCUAUCUAUCCAGUAUCUAUCUACCUAUCUAUAUAGUAUCUAUCUACCUAUAUAUCUAUACAGUAUCUACCUAUCUAUCUAUAUAGUAUCUAUCUAUCCAGUAUCUAUCUAUCUAUCUAUCUACCUAUCUAUCUAUAUAGUAUCUAUCUAUCUAUCUAUACAGUAUCUACCUAUCUACCUAUCUAUCUAUAUAGUAUCUAUCUACCUAUCUAUCUAUAUAGUAUCUAUGUAUCUAUCCAGUAUCUAUCUAUCUACCUAUCUAUAUAGUAUCUAUCUAUCUAUCCAGUAUCUAUCUAUCUACCUAUCUAUAUAGUAUCUAUCUACCUAUAUAUCUAUACAGUAUCUACCUAUCUAUAUAGUAUCUACCUAUCUAUCUAUAUAGUAUCUACCUAUCUAUCUAUAUAGUAUCUAUCUAUCUAUCUAUCUAUCUAUACAGUAUCUAUCUAUCUACCUAUCUAUAUAGUAUCGAUUUACCUAUCUAUCUAUAUAGUAUCUAUGUAUCUAUCCAGUAUCUAUCUAUCUACCUAUCUAUAUAGUAUCUAUCUAUCUAUCCAGUAUCUAUCUAUCUACCUAUCUAUAUAGUAUCUAUAUACCUAUAUAUCUAUACAGUAUCUACCUAUCUAUCUAUCUAUACAGUAUCUACCUAUCUAUCUAUCUAUAUAGUAUCUAUCUAUCUACCUAUCUAUAUAGUAUCUAUCUACCUAUAUAUCUAUACAGUAUCUAUCUAUCUAUCUAUACAGUAUCUAUCUAUCUAUAUAGUAUCUAUGUAUCUAUCCAGUAUCUAUCUAUCUACCUAUAUAUAUAGUAUCUAUCUAUCUAUCUAUCUAUCUAUCUAUCUAUCUAUCUAUCCAGGAUCUACCUAUCUACCUAUCUAUCUAUAUAGUAUCUAUCUACCUAUCUAUCUAUAUAGUAUCUAUGUAUCUAUCCAGUAUCUAUCUAUCUACCUAUCUAUAUAGUAUCUAUCUAUCUAUCCAGUAUCUAUCUAUCUACCUAUCUAUAUAGUAUCUAUCUACCUAUAUAUCUAUACAGUAUCUACCUAUCUAUAUAGUAUCUACCUAUCUAUCUAUAUAGUAUCUACCUAUCUAUCUAUAUAGUAUCUAUCUAUCUAUCUAUCUAUACAGUAUCUAUCUAUCUACCUAUCUAUAUAGUAUCGAUUUACCUAUCUAUCUAUAUAGUAUCUAUGUAUCUAUCCAGUAUCUAUCUAUCUACCUAUCUAUAUAGUAUCUAUCUAUCUAUCCAGUAUCUAUCUAUCUACCUAUCUAUAUAGUAUCUAUAUACCUAUAUAUCUAUACAGUAUCUACCUAUCUAUCUAUCUAUACAGUAUCUACCUAUCUAUCUAUCUAUACAGUAUCUACCUAUCUAUCUAUCUAUAUAGUAUCUAUCUAUCUAUCUAUACAGUAUCUAUCUAUCUACCUAUCUAUAUAGUAUCUAUCUACCUAUAUAUCUAUACAGUAUCUAUCUAUCUAUCUAUACAGUAUCUAUCUAUCUAUAUAGUAUCUAUCUAUCUAUAUAGUAUCUAUCUAUCUAUCUAUACAGUAUCUACCUAUCUAUCUAUCUAUCUAUCUAUCUAUCCAGGAUCUACCUAUCUACCUAUCUAUCUAUAUAGUAUCUAUCUACCUAUCUAUCUAUAUAGUAUCUAUGUAUCUAUCCAGUAUCUAUCUAUCUACCUAUAUAUAUAGUAUCUAUCUAUCUAUCUAUCUAUCUAUCCAGGAUCUACCUAUCUACCUAUCUAUCUAUAUAGUAUCUAUGUAUCUAUCCAGUAUCUAUCUAUCUACCUAUAUAUAUAGUAUCUAUCUAUCUAUCUAUCUAUCCAGUAUCUAUCUAUCUAUCUAUCUAUCUAUAUAUCUAUACAGAUAUAUAUAUAUAUAUAGUAUCUAUCUACCUAUAUAUCUAUACAGUAUCUACCUAUCUAUCUAUACAGUAUCUACCUAUCUAUCUAUAUAGUAUCUAUCUACCUAUCUAUCUAUAUAGUAUCUAUGUAUCUAUCCAGUAUCUAUCUAUCUACCUAUAUAUAUAGUAUCUAUCUAUCUAUCCAGUAUCUAUCUAUCUAUCUACCUAUCUAUAUAGUAUCUAUCUACCUAUAUAUCUAUACAGUAUCUACCUAUCUAUCUAUCUAUACAGUAUCUACCUAUCUAUCUAUAUAGUAUCUAUCUAUCUAUACAGUAUCUAUCUAUCUAUCUAUAUAGUAUCUAUCUACCUAUAUAUCUAUACAGUAUCUAUCUAUCUAUCCAGUAUCUAUCUAUCUAUAUAGUAUCUAUCUAUCUAUCUAUCCAGUAUCUAUCUAUCUACCUAUCUAUAUAGUAUCUAUCUACCUAUAUAUCUAUACAGUAUCUACCUAUCUAUCUAUAUAGUAUCUAUCUAUCUAUAUAGUAUCUAUCUAUCUAUACUCUAUCUAUCUAUACGCUUUCUAUCGAUCUAUCCAUCUAUCUAUACUCUUUCUAUCUAUACGCUUUCUAUCUAUCUAUACAGUAUCUAUCUACCUAUCUACCUACCUAUCUAUACAGUAUCUAUCUAUACAGUAUCUGUCUAUCUGUCUACCUAUCUAUUUAUCUAUCUAUCUAUCUACCUACCUAUCUAUCUAUACAGUAUCUAUCUAUCUACCUAUCUAUUUAUCUAUACAUACAGUAUCUAUCUAUUUAUCUGUUUCUAUAUAUCUCCGUCUAUCUAUCUAUACAGUAUCUGUCUCUGUCUAUCUAUCUAUCUAUCUAUACUCUUUCUGUCUGUCUGUCUAUCUAUCUAUCCUCUUUCUUUCUAUCUAUCUAUCUAUACUCUUUCUUUUCAUCUCUCUCUCUCUCUAUCUAUACUCUUUCUAUCUAUCUAUCUAUCUAUCUAUCCUCUCUUUCUAUCGGUCUAUCUAUCCUCUUUCUUUUCAUCUCUCUCUAUCUAUACUCUUACUAUCGAUCUAUCUAUCUAUACUCUUUCUUUCUAUCUAUCUAUCUAUCUAUCUAUCUAUACUCUAUCUAUCUAUCUAUCUAUCCUCUUUCUAUCUAUCUAUCCUCUUUCUAUCUAUCUGUCUAUCUAUCUAUACUCUUUCUUUUCAUCUCUCUCUCUCUCUCUCUCUCUAUCCUCUUUCUAUCGGUCUAUCUAUCCUCUUUCUUUUCAUCUCUCUCUAUCUAUACUCUUUCUUUCUAUCUAUCUAUCUAUACUCUUUCUUUCUAUCUAUCUAUACUCUUUCUUUUCAUCUCUCUCUCUCUCUAUCUAUACUCUUUCUAUCUAUCUAUCUAUCUAUCUAUCUAUCCUCUCUUUCUAUCGGUCUAUCUAUCCUCUUUCUUUUCAUCUCUCUCUAUCUAUACUCUUACUAUCGAUCUAUCUAUCUAUCUAUACUCUUUCUUUCUAUCUAUCUAUCUAUCUAUACUCUAUCUAUCUAUCCUCUUUCUAUCUAUCUGUCUAUCUAUCUAUACUCUUUCUUUUCAUCUCUCUCUCUCUCUCUCUCUCUCUCUCUCUCUCUCUCUAUCCUCUUUCUAUCGGUCUAUCUAUCCUCUUUCUUUUCAUCUCUCUCUAUCUAUUCUCUUUCUAUCUAUCUAUCUAUCUAUACUCUUUCUAUCUAUCUAUAUAUCUAUCCUCUUUCUUUCUGUCUGUCUAUCUAUACUCUUUCUAUCUAUCUAUCUAUCUAUCUAUCUAUCUAUAUACGCUUUCUAUCUAUCUAUCUAUACUCUUUCUAUCUAUCUGUCUAUCUAUACUCUUUCUAUCUAUCUAUCUAUACGCUUUCUAUCUAUCUAUACUAUUUCUAUCUAUCUAUCUAUCUAUACUCUUUCUAUCUAUACUCUUUCUAUCUAUACUCUUUCUAUCUAUCUAUCUAUACGCUUUCUUUCUAUCUAUCUAUCUAUACUCUUUCUAUCUAUACGCUUUCUAUCUGCCAAUGUUCUAUGUAUCAAUAUUUGAUCUAUUUAUCUAUUUAUUCAAUGUGUCUGUCCAUCUAUGCAUAUACUAUCUAUUUGUGUAUAUCUUAUCUUUCUAGCCAUGGGUGUAUAUUCUAUUUAUCUAGCCGUCGUCCCUUAAUUAAAAUCCUAUCUGGAAUGGCUUAGUCAUAGUGAAUAACAUUAGGUUUCAAUUUCUUUCUCUAAGAUAAAACAAAAUCACAAAACGUUAUUAUAAUUCACCAUACAGAUGUGUGUACACAGUCUGUGUAUAUGUGGAAUGAUGUGUUUCAUACAAUGUAUCAAUGGACGUGUGUGUACACAGUCUGUGUAUAUGUGGAAUGAUGUUUCAUACAACGUAUCAAUGGAUGUGUGUGUACACAGUUUGUGUAUAUGUGGAAUGACGUGUGUGCACACAGUCUGUGUAUAUGUGGAAUGACGUGUGUGCACACAGUCUGUGUAUAUGUGGAAUGAUGUGAUGCAUACAAUGUAUCAGUGGAUGUGUGUGUACACAGUUUGUGUAUAUGUGGAAUGAUGUGAUGCUUAUAAUGUAUCAAUGGAUGUGUGUGUACACAGUCUGUGUAUAUGUGGAAUGAUGUGUUUCAUACAAUGUAUCAAUGGAUGUGUGUGUACACAGUCUGUGUAUAUGUGGAAUGAUGUGAUGCAUACAAUGUAUCAAUGGAUGUGUGUGUACACAGUCUGUGUAUAUGUGGAAUGAUGUGAUGCAUACAAUGUAUCAAUGGAUAUGUGUGUACACAGUCUGUGUAUAUGUGGAAUGAUGUGUUUCAUACAAUGUAUCAAUGGAUGUGUGUGUACACAGUCUGUGUAUAUGUGGAAUGAUGUGUCAUACAAUGUAUCAAUGGAUGUGUGUGUACACAGUCUGUGUAUAUGUGGAAUGAUGUGUUUCAUACAAUGUAUCAAUGGAUGUGUGUGUACACAGUCUGUGUAUAUGUGGAAUGAUGUGAUGCUUACAAUGUAUCAAUGGAUGUGUGUGUACACAGUCUGUGUAUAUGUGGAAUGAUGUGAUGCUUAUAAUGUAUCAAUGGAUGUGUGUGUACACAGUCUGUGUAUAUGUGGAAUGAUGUGAUGCAUACAAUGUAUCUAUGGAUGUGUGUGUACACAGUCUGUGUAUAUGUGGAAUGAUGUGUUUCAUACAAUGUAUCAAUGGAUGUGUGUGUCCACAGUCUGUGUAUAUUUGGAAUGAUGUGAUGCUUAUAAUGUAUCAAUGGAUGUGUGUGUACACAGUCUGUGUAUAUGUGGAAUGAUGUGAUGCAUACAAUGUAUCAAUGGAUGUGUGUGUACACAGUCUGUGUAUAUGUGGAAUGAUGUGUUGCAUACAAUGUAUCAAUGGAUGUGUGUGUACACAGUCUGUGUAUAUGUGGAAUGAUGUGUUUCAUACAAUGUAUCAAUGGAUGUGUGUGUCCACAGUCUGUGUAUAUUUGGAAUGAUGUGAUGCUUAUAAUGUAUCAAUGGAUGUGUGUGUACACAGUCUGUGUAUAUGUGGAAUGAUGUGAUGCAUACAAUGUAUCAAUGGAUGUGUGUGUACACAGUCUGUGUAUAUGUGGAAUGAUCUUGUUCUGCAUCCACAAUGUGAUGGAUGUGUGUGUGCACGGUCUGUGUAUGUGUGGAAUGAUGUGUUUGUGGUAUCAGUGGAUGUUGGUCUGUGUAUAUGUGUGGAAUGAUGUGUUUCAUACAAUGUAUCAAUGGAUGUGUGUGUGCACGGUCUGUGUAUAUGUGGAUGAUGUUGUAUACAAUGUAUCAGUGGAUGUUACAUAUACCAGUCUGUGUAUAUGUGGAAUGAUGUGUUUCAUACAAUCAAGUGGAUGUGUGUGUACACAGUCUGUGUAUAUGUGGAAUGAUGUGAUGCUUACAAUGUAUCAAUGGAUGUGUGUGUACACAGUCUGUGUAUAUGUGGAAUGAUGUGAUGCUUAUAAUGUAUCAAUGGAUGUGUGUGUACACAGUCUGUGUAUAUGUGGAAUGAUGUGAUGCAUACAAUGUAUCUAUGGAUGUGUGUGUACACAGUCUGUGUAUAUGUGGAAUGAUGUGUUUCAUACAAUGUAUCAAUGGAUGUGUGUGUCCACAGUCUGUGUAUAUUUGGAAUGAUGUGAUGCUUAUAAUGUAUCAAUGGAUGUGUGUGUACACAGUCUGUGUAUAUGUGGAAUGAUGUGAUGCAUACAAUGUAUCAAUGGAUGUGUGUGUACACAGUCUGUGUAUAUGUGGAAUGAUGUGUUGCAUACAAUGUAUCAAUGGAUGUGUGUGUACACAGUCUGUGUAUAUGUGGAAUGAUGUGUUUCAUACAAUGUAUCAAUGGAUGUGUGUGUCCACAGUCUGUGUAUAUUUGGAAUGAUGUGAUGCUUAUAAUGUAUCAAUGGAUGUGUGUGUACACAGUCUGUGUAUAUGUGGAAUGAUGUGAUGCAUACAAUGUAUCAAUGGAUGUGUGUGUACACAGUCUGUGUAUAUGUGGAAUGAUGUGUUUCAUACAAUGUAUCAAUGGAUGUGUGUGUACACAGUCUGUGUAUAUGUGGAAUGAUGUGUUUCAUACACUGUAUCAAUGGAUGUGUGUGUACACAGUCUGUGUAUAUGUGGAAUGAUGUGAUGCAUACAAUGUAUCAAUGGAUGUGUGUGUACACAGUCUGUGUAUAUGUGGAAUGAUGUGUUUCAUACAAUGUAUCAAUGUGUGUGUGUUUCAUUAAUAUAUAAUUCCUCAAUGCUUGUUAUAUGGUGCGGUUCAGUCUGCCAGUAGACAUGAUCCGAGUUCCUUUCCCAUUUUGCUGUGAGCUAGAGCUGGGAUGGUCCCACAGUCUGCUGGAUAUGGCUGAUUUACAGAUCACCUGAGAAGUACACCUGAUUUGUGGACAUGGGAUGUGUGAAGUUCAGGUAGAUAAAAUCCCAGGGACGGGUGGCAUCAUCUUACAAAUGCAUUGCAGUGACACACGCCUGGUACUAGUAAUAAGUGGAACCUUUGUAGUUAAUCAUCUGGGAGCUUGUCUUCUCUGCAUGUGUCUCUGUGUAGUCUAUCUAUUUUAUACACGUCUCAUGAUUCUUAAUGUUCUAUUUUCCAUUAAAUGUACAACUGAAUAUCUUUCCAUUCUCCCUAUUGUCAUUUCCAUGGGGUGUUCCGCCAGAUCAAUGGAAAUGGCUUCUCUUUACGUGAACUUAUCGUGUGUGAGUUUCCCUAUCUAUAGCAGGACCGGGGUUGGCUGAGUGAGAGGGGACUGUCCUGGGACUGCGGGAGAGAGAUUACCACGCUCUAGCCAUACAAUCAUUCAGUUAUGAAAUGCUGAAUUAAAUAGACAGAAAUUGUUACUGUAGAAAUAUAGCGUGCCAAUAAGAAAAACAAAUGGCAACAUUGAUAGAUCCUAUUGGCUGUGGCUAUUCUACGAUGUGAUGCUCACCAUCGCCCCAUCUCCAAUCAUUAUCAUUGGUAUUUAUACAGCAUUAACAUUGUUUUUAAUUAGUUGGAAAGCAAUACUUGCGAAUCGUACUUUACUGAAUUAUAUAUAAAUCCAAGAGGCUGCCCUCACCUGAACAUGCAUACAUAGGGUGCUGCUACACACAAAAUCCAUUCACUAAACAGCAAUGUAAUCAUUUUCUUUAAAAACACCUCACCUAGGCAGAAAAUAAUGGGCGCAUAGUCACAAUAUAUAAUCAUACGUUGCAAAAGCCUGCCACAACCUGUGAGCCUUGAAAUGGUGGGCUAGUGAAAGAGUGAAUGUGCUGGAUCUUAAAUUGUAUUUUUGUAUAUUGUAAAUAAAAGCUAAUUUUUAUUUUUCUACUGAAAAAGUCCUUGGAGUGUUGUCGUGGAGAGUAAGUGUAUAUAUAUUUUUAAGGCCAGAGACCUGUAAUUGUGGGAGGAGUUAGCGUUCCUUUAAAACCCCUUUCCUCUCUCUUACCUGGGUCGUGCCAUACACCUCUCCCCCUCUUCCACUUUCAAUCUUGGUAGGCCCUCUACCCAUACGUCGGUUUCAGCCACUACCGAUUUGCACCAUCACCUGUGUUAUCACACCUUACCAUAAAUAUACACACCCAGACAAUCCAGGGACAGUCUGAGCGGAAUUAUCCACACGAUUAUUAUUACACGCCACGACAACAUUAACAGAACUAGUUCUCAAGGUUUAAAUCCUUUAUUUUAGAGCAGUGAGGAAUUCUGUCGCCUACACGUGGCUGAGAGAGCAUAUACAGUGUAUGAGUUCCACUACGUCGUACCACAAGUGGUCUCUUUCUCACAGCAUUUGUACACGUGGGACACGGCAGUGUGGUCCAUGUAUUUUCCUAUACUUUGCGUAUACUCUGUUUCCUUGUUUGCCUGCGAUCCCAUUAAUCUUUGGAAACGUAAAAACAUUUUGUUUCUUUAGUGACUGCCUCACGGUAUACAUUCUUUAUACUAUGCACCCUCACUGUGUACAUUCUUUAUACUAUACAUCCUCACUGUGUACACCCUCACUGUGUACACUCUUUAUACUAUACAUCCUCACUGUGUACACCCUCACUGUGUACACUCUUUAUACUAUACAUCCUCACUGUGUACACUCUUUAUACUAUACAUCCUCACUGUGUACACUCUUUAUACUAUACACCAUUUACAGUGUACACCCUUUACACUAUACACCCUCACUGUGUACACCCUUUACACUAUACACCUUCACUGUGUACACCCUUUACACUAUACACCCUCACUGUGUACACCCUUUACACUAUACACCCUCACUGCGUACACUCUUUACACUGUACACUCUUUACACUAUGCACCCUCACUGUGGACACCCUUUACACUAUGCACCCUCACUGUGUACACCCUUUACACUAUGCACCCUCACUGUGUACACCCUUUACACUAUGCACCCUCACUGUGUACACUCUUUACACUAUACACCCUCACUGUGUACACUCUUUACACUAUACACCCUCACUGUGUACACUCUUUACACUGUACACUCUUUACACUAUACACCCUCACUGUGGACACCCUUUACACUAUGCACCCUCACUGUGUACACCCUUUACACUAUGCACCCUCACUGUGUACACCCUUUACACUAUACACCCUCACUGUGUACACCCUUUACACUAUACACCCUCACUGUGUACCCUCUUUACACUAUGCACCCUCACUGUGUACCCUCUUUACACUAUACACCCUCACUGUGUACACCCUUUACACUAUGCACCCUCACUGUGUACACUCUUUACACUAUACACCCUCACUGUGUACACUCUUUACACUAUACACCCUCACUGCGUACACUCUUUACACUGUACACUCUUUACACUAUACACCCUCACUGUGGACACCCUUUACACUAUGCACCCUCACUGUGGACACCCUUUACACUAUACACCCUCCCUGUGUACACCCUUUACACUAUACACCCUCACUGUGUACCCUCUUUACACUAUGCACCCUCACUGUGUACCCUCUUUACACUAUGCACCCUCACUGUGUACCCUCUUUACACUAUACACCCUCACUUUGUACACCCUUUACACUAUACACCCUCACUGUGUACACCCUUUACACUAUACACCCUCACUGUGUACACCCUUUACACUAUACACCCUCCCUGUGUACACUCUUUACACUAUACACCCUCCCUGUGUACCCUCUUUACACUAUACACCCUCACUGUGUACCCUCUUUACACUAUACACCCUCACUGUGUACCCUCUUUACACUAUACACCCUCACUGUGUACACCCUUUACACUAUACACCCUCACUGUGUACACCCUUUACACUAUACACCUUCACUGUGUACACCCUUUACACUAUACACCCUCACUGUGUACACCCUUUACACUAUACACUCUCACUGUGUACACCCUUUACACUAUACACCCUCCCUGUGUACCCUCUUUACACUAUACACCCUCCCUGUGUACACUCUUUACACUAUACACCCUCACUGUGUACACUCUUUACACUAUACACCCUCCCUGUGUACACCCUUUACACUAUACACCCUCACUGUGUACACCCUUUACACUAUGCACCCUCACUGUGUACCCUCUUUACACUAUACACCCUCACUGUGUACACUCUUUACACUAUACACCCUCACUGUGUACCCUCUUUACACUAUACAACCUUUACUGUGUACCCUCUUUACACUAUACACCCUCACUGUGUACCCUCUUUACACUAUACACCCUCACUGUGUACACUCUUUACACUAUACACCCUCACUGUGUACACCCUUUACACUAUACACCCUCACUGUGUACACUCUUUACACUAUACACCCUCACUGUGUACACUCUUUACACUAUACACCCUCACUGUGUACCCUCUUUAAACUAUACACCCUCACUGUGUACACUCUUUACACUAUACAUCCUCACUGUGUACACCCUUUACACUAUACACCCUCACUGUGUACACCUUAUACAUCUUACAGACUCCCUAUUCACUCUCACUAUACACCCCUUACACUAUACCAUCACUAUGUAAACUUUCCACUAUAUACCAUCACUAUACACCUUCGGUAUUACACUAUUCACUCUCACUAUGCAGCUUAUACUCGUUAUACACUCUUUACACUACACCAUCACUAUACACCGUACACCUUCAGUAUACACUUGCGCACUAUAUAUCCAUAUAAUACAUUCACGCUUUAAGCACCAUACACUAAACCAAACUACCUUUUAGGAUGCCCAAUGGAGGGUGUCCAGUACAAUACCUUUUUUAUAACCAUGAUGUAUAGUUGGUAAAACAAUUGUAAACCCAGCUAAUAAACUGCAGUGAAUUCCUCAGAUCCUCCUUGUUUUGUUGGUGGCAUUGUGCACUCUGAUAACGUGCUCGUUGGACAGACUCACUGAUGGGGUGAAACAGGGAAAGUCAUUGGGAGCUUGGAAAAAGUACUGUUUGAGUACUGUUAACACUUUGCAGUCCUUGUAUGUUAAAGGUCUACUCUCAUUCUUCAUUAACCCUUCACACCCCACACAAUAUCCUUUCACCCUGCCCUCACACACACACACAGCUGGCGGCCCUAACAUGUAUGUCUGUCCAGAGGGGCCGUGCGGGAGCUGGAAGCCUUGGAAGACCUGGUGAUGACCAAAGAGCAGCUGAUUCAACAGUUACACACUCAGCUGAGGGACGCCAUCCACAGUCAGGAGCUGAGCCGCAUGGAGGUGAGUGCACACUCAUAGUUUUCCUUCCCAGUGGGUUUAAACUGGGGUCUCCAUCUCUGCAGUUACAGAACGGGUCACCUUAUGUAGAACAUCUCGUGUACCAGAAAGCCAUAGUAAAAUCACAGGGGUAGAUAGAUAGAUAAAUAUCUGGACACUAGCUUGCUGCCUCCCUCUCCCUCCCGGGGACAUUAUUGUAACGCUGUCCCUGUGCGCAGCUGGGAGCGAACAUUUAAUAGCCCAUACUCCCUUCGCGUUCACCCUGCACCAUUCUCCCAGCCUUCCAGUACAAGACAAUCUAAUGCUCAUAUCUCAGCCUGGAAUCUAUCAUGACGAAUGGCUGAGUAAUGGACUUGGAGUACAUUAGUGAAGCCCAGAGUAAUGGCCAGCUGUUGCCUGUGGCUCCUAAUGCUGAUCACUCAUAGUGUCUUCAGCUCAUUAGCUGCUGGCAGACUUGGCUCCUGUACAGGUGGAUAGCAGCCCGGCUUGAUUUGUAUACUGUGGGAUAUAGCAAGGUAGAGCGGAGAGUAUAAUAUGGCACUGAACGCAUUACAUGUUAUAUAUGAGGUUAUGUUUUAGGACUUCCACCUGGCACGGAGCUCCUGUGCUGCGCAACGCUUGUGCUUUUCCCAAUUAUGUCCUGAGCUCAUUGCUUUACUGUAAGACUGUUACUUUAUAGUCUUUUGAUUCCAACCUUCCUUUUCUGUCUUUUUUCCACCUCUAGUAUUCCUAUCUCCUGCUAUUAUCGGCUCUUGGUUUAUCUUCGUAACUUUCUUCAUUGUCUCUUUCAUCUCACAUGAUCCUUAUCCCACCACGUUGUGCGUCUUCCCUCUGAUCAGAUCCUUGAAAAGGAUGAUCGGCUACAGGAGCUACAGACGAUUAUUACUGAACUGCAUGAGGAGAUCUCGCUGAAAGACGCCAAGGCAGUAACGCAUCUACAGGAAAAACAUCAGCUGGAGAAUCGGCUCAAAGCUCUGAGUCCGCCCGUGAGUUCUGUCCUCACAUUGCUCGCGGCAUGAUGUUUCAUGGGGUGAUUUGUGUACACGAACAAGGGAUCCCUGGACAUUCUAAUCUACAAUUUGCAGUUUUAUUGUCAAUUAUCUUUAUUUCCUAGUUUAAUCUGAAAGCUUUUCUCUGUGUGUAAUUAUAAUCAUUAUAUAUGAUUUCACUCGAUCAGGUUACCGGGAGCCAGACUGACGCGUCUUUAGUAGAUUCCCUUGCAGCGGUCUCCAAAACAAAUGAACUACUGAAAACAGAGGUCGGUGUGAGUGGGGGCUUUGUUGACGGAGGUGGGAUUGAUAAUUGGGUUAAGGUAGAGGGGGUUAGACAGCAUCCACACGGAAGAGCAGCCAUGGUGGUUUGGGAUAAGGUCAAGUGUUUAUAAAAAGAAUACAUGGGUGGAAAGGAAAAGCAAGUAUGGAAAGUGUAGUGUUUUUUCUUGAUUGGACAUGUCUAAUGAUUUCAUAUGGAUGUUCGUUCCCCUUGUUCAUUAUACAAAAAUCUAGAUACCUGACCCACCCUGCAUUUAUCUCUAAACACUAAUUUCUACCUCUUCCAGUUGGAUCGAAGAGAUGGGGAGUUGAGAAAUGCUCAGUCUGUGCUUCUUGCUGUCCAGAACACACGGGAUGUACUGUCCUGCGAGGUAACACAGGAUCCCAGUCUCCAAUAGCCUCAAUAUUGUGCUUCUUACCUGAUGGCUAAAUCACCGAUAUCCUCUCUUUUUACAAGCUGGAUGCCCAGGAACAGCAAGUGUACAGACUCCAGCGGGAGCUUAAAGAGAGACAGGAAGAACUGGAGCAGAGACACAGCCGCAUACAGCAGCUUCAUCAGGAUCUCGAGACCUACUCCAGCCAACGAGAAGAGGCCCACCGGCAGGCAAGAUAUUCCCUGGCAACCUGAGGGGCCACAUUACCGCUUUCUGAAUUAUUUUAACAUUUUCAGAAUACACAAAAAAGAUUUCCCUAAUAUUGACAAUCAGUAGAUACUCCCCUUUGACGUUCAUAUCUUUCUUGCAGUAAGCUGUGUCCAGAAAGAGGAAAGCAUGAACUUCUUGCCAUGAUGUGAGAGUAAGGGGUGGACGUAUAGCUACAAAUCUUCACUUCACUAUAGCUUCACUUGUUAUACACCAUGUGUGGGCAGUUAUAAUACACAGUGGGCAGAGAGACAGAUACAGGGGACCUCCGUACAGCGUAACCUUAUAGCUACAGUUAUAUUACACUGUGUGCGGGGAGACAGGGGACCUCCUUACACCAUAACCUUAUAGCUGCAGUUAUAAUACACUAUGUGCAGGGAGACAGGGGAUCUCCUUACACCAUAACCUUAUAGCUGCAGUUAUAAUACACUGUGUGCGGAGAGACAGUGGACCUCCUUACACCAUAACCUUAUAGUUGCAGUUAUAAUACACUGUGUGCGGGGAGACAGGGGAUCUCCUUACACCAUAACCUUAUAGCUGCAGUUACAACACACUGUGUGCGGGGAGACAGGGGACCUCCUUACACCAUAACCUUAUAGCUGCAGUUAUAAUACACUGUGUGCGGGGAGACAGGGGACCUCCUUACACCAUAACCUUAUAGCUGCAGUUAUAAUACACUGUGUGCGGGGAGACAGGGGAUCUCCUUACACCAUAACCUUAUAGCUGCAGUUAUAAUACACUGUGUGCGGGGAGACAGGGGCCUCCUUACACCAUAACCUUAUAGCUGCAGUUAUAAUACACUGUGUGCGGGGAGACAGGGGACCUCCUUACACCAUAACCUUAUAGCUGCAGUUAUAAUACACUGUGUGCGGGGAGACAGGGGACCUCCUUACACCAUAACCUUAUAGCUGCAGUUAUAAUACACUGUGUGCAGGGAGACAGGGGACUUCCUUACACCAUAACCUUAUAGCUGCAGUUAUAAUACACUGUGUGCGGGGAGACAGGGGACCUCCUUACACCAUAACCUUAUAGCUGCAGUUACAAUACACUGUGUGCGGGGAGACAGGGGACCUCCUUACACCAUAACCUUAUAGCUGCAGUUAUAAUACACUGUGUGCGGGGAGACAGGGGACCUCCUUACACCAUAACCUUAUAGCUGCAGUUAUAAUACACUGUGUGCGGGGAGACAGGGGAUCUCCUUACACCAUAACCUUAUAGCUGCAGUUAUAAUACACUGUGUGCGGGGAGACAGGGGACCUCCUUACACCAUAACCUUAUAGCUGCAGUUAUAAUACACUGUGUGCGGGGAGACAGGGGACCUCCUUACACCAUAACCUUAUAGCUGCAGUUAUAAUACACUGUGUGCGGGGAGACAGGGGACCUCCUUACACCAUAACCUUAUAGCUGCAGUUAUAAUACACUGUGUGCGGGGAGACAGGGGACCUCCUUACACCAUAACCUUAUAGCUGCAGUUAUAAUACACUGUGUGCAUGGGGAGACAGGGGGACCUCCUUACACCAUAACCUUAUAGCUGCAGUUAUAAUACACUGUGUGCGGGGAGACAGGGGACCUCCUUACACCAUAACCUUAUAGCUGCAGUUAUAAUACACUGUGUGCGGGAGACAGGGGACCUCCUUACACCAUAACCUUAUAGCUGCAGUUAUAAUACACUGUGUGCGGGGAGACAGGGGACCUCCUUACACCAUAACCUUAUAGCUGCAGUUAUAAUACACUGUGUGCGGGUAGACAGGGUACCUCCUUACACCAUAACCUUAUAGCUGCAGUUAUAAUACACUGUGUGCGGGGAGACAUGGGUCCUCCUUACACCAUAACCUUAUAGCUGCAGUUAUAAUACACUGUGUGCGGGGAGACAUGGGACCUCCUUACACCAUAACCUUAUUGCUGCAGUUUUACUGUGUGGAGAGACAGGGGACCUCCUUAAACCAUAACCUUAAAGCUGCAGUUAUAAUACACUGUGUGCGGGGAGACAUGGGACCUCCUUACACCAUAACCUUAUUGCUGCAGUUUUACUGUGUGGAGAGACAGGGGACCUCCUUAAACCAUAACCUUAAAGCUGCAGUUAUAAUACACUGUGUGCAGGGAGACCAGGACAGGGGACCUCAGUGUUGUACCAAGCGCUUGCAUUUAGGGGAUACCUGUCUUCAAGCUGCUGUGGACUAUUAACUCCUAUCCUUAGCAUGUGAAUGAUUUGAAGCACUUUCAGCUAGUUUGCAUACACCUGCUUGUCACUAUGUAGACAAAAUGAAAAACAAAAUGCUGUGUGCGCAUGUCUGCUGGUGAGUAACAUUUAGGGGUGUAUGUUAGUAUUUAGUAAUAGUCUGUGGCUUCCAGCAUCACUUUUCACAUUUCCUGUUGCCAGGUAUCAGAGUGCAACAUGCGCCUCUCCCAGCUGGAAGGAGAAAAUUAUGCUUUAAAGGUGCGUCAUCGAGAGCAAGAAGCGGAGGUAAAGUCAUUACUCCUGAUGGAGAUUGGGAACAUUUUCUGCCAUGUUCCAGUGCUUCUCUUAAGGAAGCUUUGUUUUGUUUUGUUUUUUGGUAGAUCGAGAAGCUGAGGAGAGAGUCGCUGAGCAAGCAGAGAGCAGACAUGACGCAGCCAGCUUGGGAUCUGGAGCAGAGAUUUUCAGAUGCAGAGAGCCAUGAUCAGGAGAGUCAUGGGACCAUCCAGCAACUGCGUGCAGAGCUCAGAGAGGCUGCGUUUACUGUAAGUCUAUAUAGACAGUGAGGGGCAUUUCUAACAUUCUGUGCUUUUCCCAUCACUAGUCUCACUGUGAUAUCUUAUCCCUGACACAGCUUCCACCAUCACAAUCCAAAAUCUUAAUCAGGUGCCAGAUGGUUUACUUCCUGCUGUUACCUGCAUUAGGAGCUCUUUCUGUCCCUUAGCAGAGUUACUGGCCAUUUGUUAAAGUGCAGCUUGCCUCACAUUCUCUGCAGGACUGCAAGUACCUUCCACCAGGUUACCUGAACUCACCGGAUACUGGAACCACCUGUUGGUGGGUCUGCUGUACGGGUCAGAUUUCUGUGCAUUAUUAUUAUUAUUAUUAUUGAUAAAGCGCCAACAAAUUGUGCAGCGCUGUACAAUGGGAUUGAUUUUAUAUUUAAAUAAAUUCUUCUUCGUUGUAGAUUUCUAGUUCUAGUCCUUUGUUUGAUAAAAAUUCUAAGUAAAAAAAAUAAGUUUCUAUAAAUUAUUAUUCUAAGUGACAUUUAUAUGGAGCCAACUUAUUCCGCAACGCUUUCCAAUAUUAUAAAAGGGGGUAAGUUAACCAUAAAUGAGACAAUUACAAAAUGUUACAGGAACAAUAGGUCGAUGAGGAACUUGUUUAACAUGAGCUUACAGUUUGGAGUGCUUAAAGUAACAUACAAACUUGUAUUCCUGAACCUAUAAAACCACCAUUUAUGUGGCUUGCCCACUUAGAAAGGGUUAAACCCUUUCUCCAGCUCUCCAGCAGGUUCUGGCCCCGUCCCGCACCGAUCCACCUCUUUGGCUGCCAUAAUCAGAAAUGAUGAUCUCAACCAAUCCAAUGCUUUCCCUAGAGAAGGGUAAGAUCAUCAACCUGGCCAAUCCGCAUCUCCUCAUAGAGAUACAUUAAAUCAGUGCAUCUUUAUAAGGAAACUUCAGUGUCUCCAUGCAGAGGGUGGAGACACUGAAUUUCAGUCACACCUUUAGCCAUCUGAGGAGAGGCCAGUGGAGGUAUCCCUAGGCUGCAAUGUAAACACUGUCUUUACUCUGCAAAUUUAUGGCAAAAAGGCUGAAGGAAAUGAUUCUACUCACCAGAACAAAUUCAAUAAGCUGUAGUUGUUCUGGUGACUAUAGCGUCUCUUUAAUCUGUAUACUAUACAAUAAGCUGUUACAUUAAGCUGUAGUUGUUCUGGUGACUAUAGUGUCCUAAUAAAUCUAUAUGUCACAGCGAAUGAUAAAUUAGUGUAUCCCAUAAUUGGAAAUGUUUAUGGGCAGUGUGUGCCUCAACCUUUAAUAUAUGUAUGGAGGUUACCAGUCAGCGAUCACGCAGUGUUUUGCGGUAGGUAAUAACCUGACCCAGUAUCCCCUCACUGUAUGAGCAGCUGACCUGGCGCUGAGUGUGUGUUACUGCAAUGCUCAAUACAUAUAUCAUCAUAUCUCUCCCUGUAGGUGGGUGCACUGCAGGAACAGCUGCUGGGAUUGCAGGCAGAGGCAGCGUCCCUGCGAGGGAGGUACAGUUGCUGUCAGCGGGAGGCGCUGGAACUGCAGGAACAUGUUUUGGAGCAGGAGCACAGAAUUGUAGAGCUUCAAAAGCAGAACCGUGACACUGUGGAGAAUCUUCACCGAGCCCGUGAACAGGCAAGCUCCGGGGGCCACUCACUGCACCCAGAAGGCAAUAAUUAAUAUCUCCUUCUGACUGUCCAUUUACUUCUAUAGUUGCGAAAUCAGGAGCAGUCUGUGCGCGAACUUCGUGAAGAAAGAUCGAGACUCCAAGAGCACAGUCAACGCCUCGAACAGGAGACUGGCGCGCUUCAUGCUGAGCUGGAAACGCAAAGCUUAACACUAAGCGAGCACAGCAGCGUAACGGCCAGUAAGGUGAGGGCUUGUAUACCAUCAUUACAUUAGGGAGAUAAAUAGCUCUCCGGCUAUUUAACGAUAGUCAUAGAAGCACAUUGGGAAGAAACAAUUAAUAUAAGUGCUUGUUCCAAUGCUGUGCGGGUAGACGUGAAUAGUUUAAUGUGUGAAAAACAAUUUUUCUUCUAUUCUUGAUCAGUUCACAAGUAUAGCGUGUCUGCGUCCAGAUAUCGCUGAUUAAACCUCACAUUUAAUUUAUUUUAAUGACUCGUUACUUCAGUAUGAUUCAUAUUUUGGCUUUUCAUGUUGAAAUCUAUAAAAGAAAGAUUUGUAAAUCAAGUGAUCACAAUAUUCUAACUCUGAAAUCUGAUGCAUAUCGAUGUACAAAACAUUUUUACCAAUGAUUUGUGACACAGUUAAAGUGCUCCUAUCUGCAGUUAUCAUUGUAACUAUAAAUGACUGGCAUCUGCCAAUUUAAUGUUUUACUUUCAUUCUAAUCUAAAAUACAAAUAAGGGUUUGGAAUGGUUGCGCAUGGAUCAGUUUGUUUCCAUGGUUGAAUGUGGUCUACAAUCACUGGGUAGAAAGCCACACUGGAUAUCUGCUCAGCCCAUAUAUAUCCAUAUGUUUCACUAACGCAAAAUACAGAUAAAAUGUUAGGACAAACGGUCUAAAGCUGAGCUUGUCAUCUUUGCAUAUGGAGGUUACCGUGUCAUCGUACGCUGCUGGUUCUAUUUUUCAGCUAAACCGCAAGGAACAGGAAGUUGAUCGUUUGCGUCGAGAUAUUCAGGCUAUGCGCAGGCACACACAGCACGCAGAGGAGAAGGUACCACCACUGGGCUUGUGACUGCUUAUGUUAAUGAAUAGUGGAAGAUGUACAUUCCAUUUUAAGCAAAUUCGUGUGUCUGUCAUUAACAGAAUGGGGGACUGUGUGCUGCUUUGCUCUGAUGUUUAUUUUAAAAUGGGCAAACUGGGUGCAGGCAAUGGUGAUCGUGGCAACUUUAACAAUUAAUGCUUAUCUCUACAGCAUGCUCCUAUAAUAGAGGUAUGGGUGGGGGUGGAGCCAGGCCAGCAGAUUGGAUGUUUAUAGGUUACUUCUGCUGGUCUUCAAGUGGUCAGCCACAGGGUCAGGGAGUAUUACUUGAAGCUCUUAUUGCUCCCCCUCUCGCCCCCCCCACACACAGUGCGACUCAGUAGGUUAAUUCUAGCUGUUUGUUGGCAUGAACCAGUCUGAAUGUGACCUAAUGUAGCGUCAUCCCAUUAUAGGCUGUGCAGCAGGAGGCCACAUCAAGCAAUCUCCAGGAGAAGCUCUCAUUGUGUCACAUUGAGAAGACCUCUCUGUCUGACACUAUAAAAAGGCUGGAAAGAGAGCUGUGUGAUGUAAACACUAACAGAAAAGAUCUGGAACAAGAGGUAUGCUAUGGGAGAGUAAACGGGUAUUAGUUGGGUAGGCGGCCUCUGAGGGAUAAAGUUGUACAUCGAUAUGGAUCUCCAUCCAGAGAGGUCUUUUAGUCACUCAGCUGCCACCUCACACCUGCCUUACUAUAAUCUCACCAGAUAAAGCUGCAGAGUGAGACUAUGGAGAAGCUGCAAGCUCAGCUAUCGAUCUGCGAGACGGAGCGGGAUACGGCCUGUGAAAAGAGCGUGGAGCUCCACAGUGACAGAGACAUCCUGCAGAGCAAGGUCCACCAGCUUCAACGAGAGGUAGCACCUUCUAACAGCAUCAGUGAUCACUACCUGAUAUGUUAUACUGGACGUGUCCUUCACUCUCUGCUAUACUGUCCCACUCACACAAUCUGUGUGCGUCACUCGUGGUGUAAUUUAACACCCUGUGCCAGUCCAGAUGUGUUUUGGGGGGAUCUGUGCAAUGUUAAUUCAUUGUCCCCCAGCUGUCAUUAAGUCUAUUCUAUCUGUCACACCCUGCAGAUCUCAAAUGUGGAACAGAGUAUGAGCACCGCCCUGCAGGAAGUAGAGAUCCUGAGACUGGAGGUCACUAGGAAAGACGCAGAGCUCCUUGCUGUGAGAGAAGAGCUUCACAUCUGCCAGGAUACUCUGCAGAGUGCUCUAAAGGAGAAAUCGGAGACAAUACAGGAGGCAGAAGAACAGGUACUGGCUGGCUGUUAGCGUUCGUACUACUUCUGGUAAAAUGGGAAUUCACCUAGUUUCAGGAAGCUUGUGUUUUUUCCCUCAGGUGCAGCAGAAGGAGAAAUUGCUUUCAUCCCUGCAGGAGGAGGUAACGGCAUUAAGAGAGCAGCGGGAAAGCUUCCGAUCCCAGGUAGGUAGAACGAAGAAUGUUUUACACUAGGUCUAAGGUGUGUACAGGGUAGAAUGGGGCCUUACCAUUAAACAUUCACUGCCUGGGUAGAUUGCUGGCACAUGGUGUCUGAGUCCCUGAAUCCAUCUCCUUUACAGCUGGUGCAGAGCCGUGAGUUGGUGGAGCAGCAGAAGCAGCAGAUAGCAGACUUGACAGAAGAGCUGACUGUCAGAGCACAGACGGUGUCUCAGCUCAAUUCAGCAAAGGAUAAACUAGAGCUGGAAUUUAGCAUCCUGACCGAGAAACACAAAGCGGCUCAGAAAGAGGUAACUCCAGUCACUGGUUCUGGGCAGUCAGGGAAUGUGUCCUCUAUUCCUGUAGCCUCACACGCUAUUCCAACCCCAAUCUCCAGCUGAAUCCCCUUACAUAUAUCAUGGUUGAUUCUGUUUCACCUUAUAUCCAUACUUCUUCCAUGUUUAUAUUUCUCAUCAGGUUUCUAGCAGAGACCAGACGAUUGUCAGCCUUCGAACUGACCUCACUACUAGAGAGCAAGAGCUGCAGGAAGUACAAAGAGAGGUUAGCUUAUCUUGUACACCACGAGGUCCAUGUUGUGUUUGUAUUUAGUGUUAAUGAUUGGGAUGUGAUUGACAUUCUUGAGAUAUGAAGGUUACAAUGUUAGACAUAUAGGAGUUAUCAUCUAAUAAGACGAUCAUGUGUUUGCAGCUCACUGAGCGUUCUGAGGAAUUGAGUUCCCUUCGCUUAAAGCUGAAGAACCUGCAGAGUGAUGUUCAGAGCCUUCAGGAAAUCUGCACUGAGCAUGAAACUACAGCCACGGACAAGGAAAAACUAAUAUAUGGGCUGCAACAGGAGAAAGAGGAAAAUCUGUCAGAGGUGAGCGGGAUUCUGGGAAUUGGAAGUAAGAGGUGAGAGGGAUCCUGGAAAUUGGAAGUACGAGGUGAGAGGGAUUCUGGGAAUGGAAGUAAGACGUAAGAGGUGAGAGGGAUCCUGGGAAUUGGAAGUACGAGGUGAGAGGGAUUCUGGGAAUGGAAGUACGAAGUGAGAGGGAUCCUGGGAAUUGGAAGUGAGAGGGAUCCUGGGAAUUGGAAGUGAGAGGGAUCCUUGGGAAUUGGAAGUGAGAGGGAUCCUGGGAAUUGGAAGUGAGAGGGAUCCUGGGAAUUGGAAGUGAGAGGGAUCCUGGGAAUUGGAAGUAUGAGGUGAGAGGGAUUCUGGGAAUGGAAGUACAAGGUGAGAGGGAUUCUGGGAAUGGAAGUACGAAGUGAGAGGGAUUCUGGGAAUGGAAGUACGAGGUGAGAGGGAUUCUGGGAAUAGAAGUACGAGGUGAGAGGGAUUCUGGGAAUAGAAGUACGAGGUGAGAGGGAUUCUGGGAAUGGAAGUACGAGGUGAGAGGGAUUCUGGGAAUGGAAGUACGAGGUGAGAGGGAUUCUGGGAAUGGAAGUACGAGGUGAGAGGGAUCCUGGGAAUUGGAAGUGAGAGGGAUACUGGGAAUUGGAAGUGAGAGGGAUCUGGGAAUUGGAAGUGAGAGGGAUCCUGGGAAUUGGAAGUGAGCGGGAUCCUGGGAAUUGGAAGUGAGCGGGAUCCUGGGAAUUGGAAGUGAGCGGGAUCCUGGGGAUUGGAAGUAAGAGGAGAGAGGGAUUCUGGGAAUUGGAGGAGAGAGGGAUUCUGGGAAUUGGAGGAGAGAGGGAUUCUGGGAAUUGGAGGAGAGAGGGAUUCUGGGAAUUGGAGGUGAGAGGGAUUCUGAGAAUUGGAAGUGAGAGGAGAGAGGGAUUCGGGGAAUUGGAAGUGAGAGGAGAGAGGGAUUCGGGGAAUUGGAAGUGAGAGGGAUUCUGGGAAUGGAAGUUAGAGGUGAGAGGGAUCCUGGGAAUUGGAAGUAAGAGGAGAGAGAGAUUCUGGGAAUUGGAAGUAAAAGGAGAGAGGGAUUCUGGGAAUUGGAAGUAAAAGGAGAGAGGGAUUCUGGGAAUGGAAGUAAGAGGAGAGAGGGAUCCUGGGAAUGGAAGUAAGAGGAGAGAGGGAUCCUGGGAAUGGAAGUAAGAGGAGAGAGGGAUCCUGGGAAUGGAAGUAAGAGGAGAGAGGGAUCCUGGGAAUGGAAGUAAGAGGAGAGAGGGAUCCUGGGAAUGGAAGUAAGAGGAGAGAGGGAUCCUGGGAAUGGAAGUAAGAGGAGAGAGGGAUUCUGGGAAUUGGAAGUAAGAGGAGAGAGGGAUUCGGGGAAUUGGAAGUGAGAGGGAUUCUGGGAAUGGAAGUUAGAGGUGAGAGGGAUCCUGGGAAUUGGAAGUAAGAGGAGAGAGAGAUUCUGGGAAUUGGAAGUAAAAGGGGAGAGGGAUUCUGGGAAUUGGAAGUAAGAGGAGAGAGGGAUUCUGGGAAUUGGAAGUAAAAGGAGAGAGGGAUUCUGAGAAUGGAAGUAAGAGGAGAGAGGGAUCCUGAGAAUGGAAGUAAGAGGAGAGAGGGAUCCUGAGAAUGGAAGUAAGAGGAGAGAGGGAUCCUGGGAAUGGAAGUAAGAGGAGAGAGGGAUCCUGGGAAUGGAAGUAAGAGGAGAGAGGGAUCCUGGGAAUGGAAGUAAGAGGAGAGAGGGAUUCUGGGAAUGGAAGUAAGAGGAGAAAGGGAUUCUGGGAAUUGGAAGUAAGUGGUGAGAGGGAUUCUGGGAAUGGAGGUGAGAGGGAUUCUGGAAUGGAAGUAAGAGGAGAGAGGGAUCCUGGGAAUUAAAAUGAAAGGGUACAAUUUAGUACAGUUUCUAAAAUCUAACCCUUUGAUUGACAGAUGCAUCGGUUAAAACAAGAGAUUGCAUGCAUGCGGCAGACGCAGCAGGCUGACACGGAUCGCAUGAGAAACGAAUCGGAGAGGCUGCAGGACAAGUUGGAGUCUGUAACCAGGAGGCAGGAGGAGCAGGAGCUUGAGCUGCGGCACUCCAGGCUGAGGGCAGAGAGGAUAUCCCAGGACCUGAGUCUGGCACAGCAGCUGCAGCUACAGCUGGAGGAACAGGUGACCACACUGUCCCGGGACUCUGAACACAGACACAGUGUCUCGUUCAGUUUACUCCAGUCUUAUGUGAUAUGUUUGGCUUUGUACCAAGCUUUCUUUCUGUCAAUCUCCGACCUUGCUGCGUUGGUCCACAGAAGGUCUCACUCGGCCUGUUAAAAAACUGUGAAACUACAUGACACUGGCCUUGGCUUUAACAUUAUUUUGUAUUCUUGUUCUGACCUGCACCUACCACCUGGAAUGCUGUGUUUAUGCUUCUUGUUUGCGGCACUGGUUUUGUUUUGCGGUCUUUGUCCUGGAUAUGACAUUGGGUAUUGCCCUGUGUUUUUGCAUCUGUACCUCUACUUGCACAUGUGAAGUUUGUUUUUAUAAUUUCUGUCCCAGGUAUCUCAGCGGGAUGUGGAGCUCCGUCAGCGUAGUGAAGAGGUUCAGCAGCUGCAGACGUGUUUGUGGGAGUCGGAGGAGAAGGCUGUGAGUGCGGAAAGUCAGAGUAGCGCCACACACAGCAGUAUGGAGUUGUAUCGCAGUAAAUACCAGGCAUGUGUGAGCCGAGUUGGGGAACUGGAGGAGAACCUGAGACAGCUGGAAGAUGAAACCCGUGAGAUGAAGCGCGAGGUGUGUACAUUAUUUACUAUAGUGAUAACUGCUAUCCUGUUAUAGCACGCCUGUCACCUAAAAUGUUAGACAUCAAUUUAAAACCAUGCUACCAACAGAGAAAUAAUAUUGACAUCUAGCCAAGCGAUAUUAACUUAUACUGGAAUUACCAGUACUCACCUGGCCAUCCAUGAAUUGCAUCAGAUUUUUCAAACACACAUUUACAAAUUAAGACAUGACAGAAUGUGAUGACAGCAUCCGAUCAGAACCUGACAUUCAAAUAGAUGCACUGUUUUACUUCCAGAAUUUCACUGCUCAGUGCAGACGAGAAGGUUGGCCAGUCAGAAGAUUUAAUCAUUCAGUCAGCACAAGGCAGUUUCUAUAAUACUGCAUGACUUUGUCAGCUCCCAGCCUGCGAUAUGCAACUGUCUGUAGCAGAGGCAUAACUAGAAACCACGAGGCCCCGGUGAAAACUGCCCCGUACACAUCUAACCCCUCCCCAACCCCACCCCCCAAUACGUCUACCGUCCCCCUCCCAUAUGUUCCUCCCUCCCCUGCACAUGCAAACAGAUACACAUGCAGGCACACACAUAGACACUCACAUACAUACAUACAUACAUACAUACAUACAGACACACACACAUACCUUUCCCUGGGGUCCAGUGGCUCAGCCUGAUGGGAGUCAGAGUUCCCACUCUGACUCCCUCCUCCCACACAGCUCCCGGUGGUUGCUGGGAGGAAGUGACCGGGGCAGUCCCUUCCUCCCAGCGUCUGACAUCAUCAAAAGGGGCCCGGUCGCCCUAUUAAAGCGCUGACCGGGCCCCCUGGAAUUACAUAGCAUCAAGUGGCUUACUUAGUCGGCUGGCCCCGCGGGACCCUCGGUCGCAGGGGUCCGCAGGGCAGCCGGACCCCCUGGAGUGACGAGCCUAGUCGCAGCUGUAACCCCUGCGACCACGGUAGUUCCGCCACUGGUCUGUAGGGAAAGAGCUCAGUGUCCUAGCAUUCGCUAAGUAUUCACAGAACUGGAACGUUGAAUGCUGUAGGUGUAAACACCUAAGGCUAUCUCAACACUCAUUUACAGAUAUUCCCAAGGGAAGGCACACUUUCUAUACUUCCCAUAUAUCCACAGGUGUCUGACCGAGACUGUCGGCUGUCUGCACUGCGAGGCGAACUGCUUGUGUUACAGCAGGAGCUGGAGAGUAAAUGUAUGGAACUAGAAAGCUCUGAGGAAGCCAUUGACCAACUCACACAAGAACUUCAGGCAACACAGAGCGACUUGAUGGCCAGCCGUGAGCAAUCCAAAGAGAGCGAGGAGAUACUUCAGUCUGUCCGGGAGCAUGCGGCGAGACUCCAAAACCAGGUCAGACCCUAUGGCAGCUCGGUCAUACUCAUACACACGGCAGCUUUACACCCUCAGUGUGUCCGUGAAAUGCGUUCUGUAUAGAGGGAAAAUAGCAGGUCUGCACAGGGCCCCUGUUCUAUCUGUUUCACUUUGCAGCUGAUUACUCAAGCAGACUCUGGAUUCCUCUAGUUGUGUUUAAAAUUAAAAUGUUAUUUAUAUUCCUUCCACAACCGGUUCUCUGUGUGACAGGUGGUGGAGUUGGAAGAAGAUCUGGUAAAACUACAGACAGACUUUGCUUCCUACAAAGCAACCCACAGAUACAGUGAUGGCAGCUACGGGGAGCUGGAGAGGCAUGCGGUGCAGCUUACACGGGUCAGUGUAGGACUCCCCCAUGUUGGGCUGAUACUGUGUAUUAUUGAUCUUGUUAAUCACUCUGAGGUUCUUUGCUUUAUAAAUGGUUGCUGUCUGUGUGGACAGGAACUAGGCCGUGCUGAAAAGGAGAUUCAGAGACAGAUGAAGGAAACUGAGCGAAGCCAAAUACAUCUGCGAGAGCUAAACCUGGAUCUAACGAAGGAAAGAGAGCAGAGAAACAGCACAUCAAAAGGUAUGAAGAGAGAUUUACUGACAUGAUCAUGGCUGUCUGGGUGAAUUCUCUAACGUCUGUCUAUCCGUCCAUAAAUACAGAUGUGGAGCGACUGGAGCAGGAAGUGUGCAAUCUACGGAGAGAGACAUCUUUACAAGUGCAAGACUAUAAACUACAGAUUUCUGAGCAACAGCAGCACAUCCAAAAACUGAAGGAGGAGCUGAGAGACAACAGCAAACUGACAGCCCACCGAGAACAGGUAACAGCGAUACACUCAGGGUGUGACCUCACAGCGAACCCAGAGCAGGUAACGGCGAUACACUGAGGGUGUGACCUCACAGCGAACCCAGAGCAGGUAACGGCGAUACACUCAGGGUGUGACCUCACAGCGAACCCAGAGCAGGUAACGGCGAUACACUCAGGGUGUUACCUCACAGCGAACCCAGAGCCGGUAACGGCGAUACACUCAGGGUGUGACCUCACAGCGAACCCAGAGCUGUUAACGGUGAUACACUCAGGGUGUGACCUCACAGCAAACCCAGAGCAGGUAACGGCGAUACACUCAGGGUGUGACCUCACAGCGAACCCAGAGCAGGUAACGGCGAUACACUCAGGGUGUGACCUCACAGCGAACCCAGAGCAGGUAACAGCGAUACAUCAGGGUGUGACCUCACUGCCCACCGAGAGCAGGUAACAGCAAUACACUCAGGGUGUGACCUCACUGCCCACCGAGAGCAGGUAACAGCAAUACACUCAGGGUGUGACCUCACUGCCCACCGAGAGCAGGUAACAGCAAUACACUCAGGGUGUGACCUCACUGCCCACAGAGAGCAGGUAACGGCGAUACACUCAGGGUGUGACCUCACAGCAAACCCAGAGCAGGUAACGGCGAUACACUCAGGGUGUGACCCCACUGCCCACAGAGAGCAGGUAACAGCGAUACACUCAGGGUGUGACCUCACACCUCCGAGAGCCGGUAACGGCGAUACACUCAGGGUGUGACCUCACAGCGAACCCAGAGCAGGUAACGGCGAUACACUCAGGGUGUGACACUGCCCACAGAGAGCAGGUAACAGCGAUACACUCAGGGUGUGACCUCACAGCGAACCCAGAGCAGGUAACGGCGAUACACUCAGGGUGUGACCCCACUGCCCACAGAGAGCAGGUAACAGCGAUACACUCGGGGUGUGACCUCACAACCUCCGAGAGCCGGUAACGGCGAUACACUCAGGGUGUGACCUCACAGCGAACGUAGAGCGUUUAACAGUGAUACACUAAGAAUAUGUUAUCUUGCUGCCCAUAUCGAGGGAUUGAUGCAAUGUUUGCAAGUGCUUGUGUUGCCAUGUUUAUUUGGAUAUGUAGUGAUUUGUGCUGUUGGGUUGUGCAUGAAGUGCUGCUUUGUGGCAUGUAGGAUUCAUAUGCCGCAGAACAGAAACCAUGCUAUUUAUUUAGGAAUCUAAAUUAAUAGAAGGAUCUCCCUGCAGUACAGGAGUUCUUCAUAUUAGAAUAAAGCUUAAGCUAACUCAUGUACGGACUAUUUACCAGAGAUUUGUGUGCAGGGAAUUGGAUUGCAUGUUUUGCUAUAGCCAGCAGACCCACCACCUAUGUUUGGUUGUAUUGCAACUGUAGGCAAUCCAAAAGCGCGAUGUUCUGCUGCGUCAGUCAGAAGCCGACCUUCUCCAGGCACGGAGCUCACUAAAAUCGCUGAAUCAAGAGAUAGAGCGCCACCUGGAGGCUGCCAGUGCUCUAGAGAGGAGACUGCAGCAAACUCAGAAGGAGCGUGAGCAGAAAGAGAGAGAAAAUACUGCCCUAAGAACGGAAUUACAGGAACUGAAGAAGGAGCUGCAGGAGACCUAUGCACUCCAUCAACAAGCAGGUAGCUCUCAGUGGCCAACUAGCCAAGGAUACAGGGGCUGUGUAUCAAUACAAAUAAGUGGGAGGAUGACGUUAAGUAGAUACAAGAUAAUAGUUUGUUUGCUUACAGCACAGGCGCUGGCAGGCCAGGAGGAGAAGACUCUCUUAAUAGAGAGCGCUCUGCAGAGCACACAGGAGCAGCUGAGUGAGCGAGUGGCAGAGGUUGUAAGACAGGAACAGCUGGCGCGCAAAGUGGAAAGUGAAAUGCGCACUUUGAGAGAACGAGCAAACAACAGCGAUGAAGAACUGGAACAAUGCAGGUACUGAGCCUGAACUUCUAGCUCUCUAUAAUAUCUCUCCUGUAAUAUCCUCCCUGCGAGCAGGACACUAACUGCCGUCUCUCCCGUAAUAUCCUCCCUGCAAGCGGGACGCUAACUGCCGUCUCUCCCGUAAUAUCCUCCCUGCGAGCGGGACGCUAACUGACAUCUCUCCCGUAAUAUCCUCCCUGGGAGCGGGACGCUAACUGACAUCUCUCUCGUAAUAUCCUCCCUGCGAGCGGGACGCUAACUGACAUCUCUCCCAUAAUAUCUCCCUGCGAGCGGGACGCUAACUGCCAUUUCUCCUGUUUUAUCCUCCCUGCAAGCGGGACGCUGCCAUCUCUCCCGUAAUAUCCUCCCUGUGAGCGGAACACUAACUGCCGUCUCUCCCGUAAUAUCCUCCCUGCGAGCGGGACGCUAACUGACAUCUUUUCCAUAAUAUCCUCCCUGUGAGCGGGACGCUAACUGCCAUUUCUCCUGUUUUAUCCUCCCUGCAAGCGGGACGCUAACUGCCAUCUCUCCUGUAAUAUCCUCCCUGUGAGCGGAACGCUAACUGCCGUCUCUCCCGUAAUAGCCUCCCUGCGAGCGGGACGGUAACUGACAUCUCUCCCGUAAUAUCCUCCCUGCGAGCGGGACGGUAACUGACAUCUCUCCCAUAAUAUCCUCCCUGCGAGCGGGACGCUAACUGCCAUUUCUCCUGUUUUAUCCUCCCUGCAAGCGGGACGCUAACUGCCAUUUCUCCUGUUUUAUCCUCCCUGCAAGCGGGACGCUAACUGCCAUCUCUCCUGUAAUAUCCUCCCUGUGAGCGGAACGCUAACUGCCGUUUCUCCCGUAAUACCCUCCCUGCGAGCGGGACGGUAACUGACAUCUCUCCCAUAAUAUCCUCCCUGCGAGCGGGACGCUAACUGCCAUUUCUCCUGUUUUAUCCUCCCUGCAAGCGGGACGCUAACUGCCAUCUCUCCUGUAAUAUCCUCCCUGCAAGCGGGGCGCUAACUGCCAUCUCUCCCGUAAUAUCCUCCCUGUGAGCGGAACGCUAACUGCCGUCUCUCCCGUAAUACCCUCCCUGCGAGCGGGACGGUAACUGACAUCUCUCCCAUAAUAUCCUCCCUGCGAGCGGGACGCUAACUGCCAUUUCUCCUGUUUUAUCCUCCCUGCAAGCGGGACACUGCCAUCUCUCCCGUAAUAUCCUCCCUGUGAGCGGAACACUAACUGCCGUCUCUCCCGUAAUAUCCUCCCUGCGAGCGGGACGCUAACUGACAUCUUUUCCAUAAUAUCCUCCCUGCGAGCGGGACGCUAACUGCCAUUUCUCCUCUUUUAUCCUCCCUGCAAGCGGGACGCUAACUGCCAUCUCUCCUGUAAUAUCCUCCCUGUGAGCGGAACGCUAACUGCCGUCUCUCCCGUAAUACCCUCCCUGCGAGCGGGACGGUAACUGACAUCUCUCCCAUAAUAUCCUCCCUGCGAGCGGGACGCUAACUGCCAUUUCUCCUGUUUUAUCCUCCCUGCAAGCGGGACGCUAACUGCCAUCUCUCCCGUAAUAUCCUCCCUGUGAGCGGAACGCUAACUGCCAUUUCUCCUGUUUUAUCCUUCCUGCAAGCGGGACGCUAACUGCCAUCUCUCCUGUAAUAUCCUCCCUGCGAGCAGGACACUAACUGACAUCUCUCCCGUAAUAUGCUCCCUGCGAGCGAUACACUAACUGCCAUCUCUCCCGUUACAUCCUCCCUUUCAGGGUACUAAGCAUUCUAUGUCCUGUAUUAUAUCUCUGCACUUUUAUCUUUGGGAGCAGGGCAUUGAUCGAACGCCUGAAGUCAGAGCUUAAUGAAGUGAAGAAGAGAUACAAUGUGUCCACACAGGAGGCUAUAAAGCUGCAGCACUCUGUCAGCAAACUGCAGCUGGGGCAGGCAAACGAGCAGGAGAAAUACAAGGUUCUGCAGCAGCAGGUAAGUGGCCACACAGAGCACCUGGGAAAUGGGAGAAUGGCGAGGGUGACUGGGGCUGGCCACAGCACACUGCACAUCAAGAUAACUCUACUAACCAUUAGUUGCAGGAACAAAGUACAGUCCAACAGAACCUCCGGACUGAGCUGGAAGAGCAGCAGAACCAACAUGAGGAGCUGCAGAGACAGCAGCACAGGAGUAAGGAACAAGAGAGCUCACUGCAGAGACAGACAGAAGAACUGAGCCUGAGAGUGCAGCACUCUGAGCGACUGGUGAGUACUGAUUGCAGAGUGCAGCACUCUGAGCGACUGUUGAGUGCUGAGUGCUGAUUGCAGAGUGCAGCACUCUGAGCGACUGAGUGCCGAUUGCAGAGUGCAGCACUCUGAGCGACUGAGUGCCGAUUGCAGAGUGCAGCACUCUGAGCGACUGAGUGCCGAUUGCAGAGUGCAGCACUCUGAGCGACUGAGUGCCGAUUGCAGCACUCUGAGCGACUGAGUGCCGAUUGCAGCACUCUGAGCGACUGAGUGCUGAUUGCAGCACUCUGAGCGACUGAGUGCUGAUUGCAGCACUCUGAGCGACUGUUGAGUGCCGAUUGCAGAGUGCAGCACUCUGAGCGACUGUUGAGUGCCGAUUGCAGAGUGCAGCACUCUGAGCGACUGUUGAGUGCCGAUUGCAGAGUGCAGCACUCUGAGCGACUGUUGAGUGCCGAUUGCAGAGUGCAGCACUCUGAGCGACUGUGAGUGCCGAUUGCAGAGUGCAGCACUCUGAGCGACUGGUGAGUGCCGAUUGCAGAGUGCAGCACUCUGAGCGACUGGUGAGUGCCGAUUGCAGAGUGCAGCACUCUGAGCGACUGUUGAGUGCCGAUUGCAGAGUGCAGCACUCUGAGCGACUGUUGAGUGCCGAUUGCAGAGUGCAGCACUCUGAGCGACUGUUGAGUGCCGAUUGCAGAGUGCAGCACUCUGAGCGACUGCCGAGCAGAGUGCAGCACUCUGAGCGACUGGUGAGUGCCGACAGAGUGCAGCACUCUGAGCGACUGGUGAGUGCCGAUUGCAGAGUGCAGCACUCUGAGCGACUGGUGAGUGCCGAUUGCAGAGUGCAGCACUCUGAGCGACUGUUGAGUGCCGAUUGCAGAGUGCAGCACUCUGAGCGACUGUUGAGUGCCGAUUGCAGAGUGCAGCACUCUGAGCGACUGGUGAGUGCUGAUUGCAGAGUGCAGCACUUUGAGCGACUGGUGAGUAGUGCAGUCCGGUUGUAGCCUGGCUAGUCUGAGCUAACCCUGUAAACUCCAUCAGAUGGCAGAGCGAGAUCGGAUGCUGCAGCAUCUGCAGAGCAGCUUCUCCCAACUGGAGAGAAAGUGUCAAAGUGCUCAGGAAGAAGCCCGGGAGAGUGCAGCCCAACUGGAGCUCACCAAGAGUGCAUUAGUUCAAGCUCAGAGGAAAAUUCAAGCUCAGGCGCAAGAGGUUAGUCUAAUGGCCCCACACACAGACACAUCGAUUCUGCUUUAUUGUCUGCAUAGCACUCAGCGCUCCUCUCUUCCCAGCUCAGUAACCUGGAGCAAUCCUUGCUGCGUGUGCACUCGUCGGAGGAGGUGGCGCAGAAGGUUGCACGUGGUCGCAGCCAGGACUUAAACGCAGCCCAAGAAAGUGUGCAGGAGCUCAGGAGUCAGGUGACAGCAGCACAGGCCGGCCAGAGAGAAUCCAUGGAACAGGUAAUAACAUACUCUGGGAGAGGGGGCCACACUGCUAGCCUAAUAUCCUUCCAGCAAUCUGAGCACAUAGUAGAUUCUAUUCUGUGUUCUGUCGCAAGUAUAAACACUCCUAUCUCGGCUAAUUAGUGGUUCAAACUGUUGUCUCACUUCUAUCCCCAUUGUAAAUGGAAUGGCUCAAAUCUUUUACAUAUUUACAGGUUUUUAAAGGAACACUAUAGGGUCAGGAACACAAACAUUUAUUCCUGACCCUAUAGUGUUAAAACCACCAUCUAGCCCCCCUGGGUCCCUCAUGCUUCCCUAAAUAUAGCAAAAUCUUACUUGUAUUUAAGCCUGAAGCUGUAAAUCUGCAUGCUGUUUGCCUCAGAAUAGCAAGCUGUCUGUUGACAUCAUCAGAAGUGGUGGCCUGAUCCAAUCACAAUACUUCCCCAUAGCAUUGGCUGAGACUGACAACGAGGCAGAUUAGGGGCAGAGCCAGCAUGAUUCAAAUACAGCCCUGGCCAAUCAGCAUCUCCUCAUAGAGAUGAAUUGAAUCACUGAAUCUCUAUGAGGAACGUUCAGUGUCUGCAUGCAGAGGGAGGAGAUACUGAAUGUUUGGAUGCAUUUUAGGCAGCCAUGACCCAGGAAGGAUCUCUAACAGCCAUCUGAGGAGUGGCCAGUGAAGAUAUCACUAGGCUGUAAUGUAAACACUGUAUUUUCUCUGAAAAGACAGUGUGUACAACAAAAAGCCUGAAGGUAAUGAUUCUACUCAUUAAAGCAAAUUCAAUAAGCUGCAGUUGUUCUGGUGACUAUAGUGUCCCUUUAACUAAAGGGCCAAAUCAAGGUGAAUUUCAUUUUUAAGGUAAGAGUAGUUCUAAUGGAAACACUCUGUAAGUUACUGAUGCUUCCAGAUCGGCUCCUUUGGCCUCUCAUUUUAAAUUCACUUCACAUGAAUAACCCGGUUAAAGUGAACCUGUCCUAACUCACCUGUCCAGCCAUCUGUUACUCCGUUCCUAUAAUCCUCAGCCAGCCCUACAAGCAUCAGACAGGAAGUUACAGCCUGUGGGAGGUCACUCUGCUCUCUUUUCAGUCAAUUCUUUAGUACAGAGUCUAAGCCGAAGAACCGAUACGAGAGACCAAUUCUUCAACUUAUAGAAAGCACCAUGUACAGAUAGAAUUUUACUUAGAACAUAAGUUGUACCUGGCAUGACUGGUAUCCUUUAAAAUCUUCCCUUACCUGCUUUAUUGCACUGCCUUGUUCCUGGACAAAAUAAAUAAAGUGUAUUCGUCUGAUUGUUCGGUAGAAUCAUUCGAAUAAACUAAGGGAAUGAAACUACCGAACAAUCAGACCUCCCCUGUGUGAAGUGUGCCUCCAAUUACCCCUUGCGAACGGGUAAUUAACAAGCUAUGCAGUAGGUCCUUUGUCUCGGGGUGGCCGCCAUUCGGGAAACGAACACGUGGUGGCGGCCAUUUUAAAACUCCCGAACAGCGGUGUUUUGCCGUCGAGUGUCUGGAACCCAAAUCGGACACUCGACUAGGCGAACACCGCUGAGACCUCCACAAGCCCGGUCCGUUCGGUUCCAAACUACCGAACGGCCCCUCGUUCGGUAGACAGAAACAACCGAACGAGGGGAUUCAUGUGAACCCUACCUGGUCUCUGUAGCCUUAGCCGUUCGUGUAAAUUAUUCCCUUGUACUGGGACCGACCGCAGGGCCCCAUCGCAUGGAACCCAAUUCGGCUGUUCUAUCCAGCGCGGUUGGUCUUUUUAGUACCUCCAUAAAUUUCCAGAACCCCUGGUCUGAUCUGGGUGAUUUUUGGAUAUGUUGCUCACCCAGAUCAGGGCUACCAGGAGAUGUGCCAGUUAAAGGGGUACCCCUAGGUUUAGGGGUACAUCCAGAAACUGGGGGAAUUUGGGUACAGUAUAAGGGGAUUAUGAUGCAGGCUGAGGGGAGGAGAUGUGUAGGAGGUUACUAUUGUUGGAUUGGGCACUGUACUAAUUGAUGGAAAUCCCUCCCUUGCAUGGGAGCAUGCUAUAUAAGGCCACUGUGGAAUAAAGGUUGUCAGUUCUGCUCCUGAUGCUGUGUGUCGUCCAGUCAUUGGGAUUGCUGUGGGGAUACUAUUGGAUUAUUUUGCCUGUUGGAAACCUUGCCUGUGGAUUUAUAAUUUACUUGAUCCUGAGCCUCACUGGGAUCAUAAGCGGAGAUAACCUGGGGAAUAUUGUAUCUCCGCUACACUGUCACUACCUCAGUCGAACCACUCAAACUCCAAUUAGUACUCUGAGUAGAUAAAUCCCAGAUAACCAGGCCAAUCCCAGUGCUUGCCUCAUUUCCUUGUGUUUCCUAGCCAAUGUCACUCAUACUGUUACACUAUAUGACACCUAGAUUUCUCCGUGGGGAGACAAGACUCUGUUUCGAAAUGUACAUUUGUUGGAGGCGGAUAUGAACCGCUGUUUUUGGACUGUGCUUGCAUUCCAAACAUUUUUUAAAGAAAUGAUUCAAGACUUGCUUAAAAUGAACUGGCUAUUCACUUUUACCAAUAAAGAGAUGAUUGCUAAAAAAGAUUCUAACAUGGAAAUCUUAUACUCUCAUGUUGGCGAUAUAUUUUCAACAAGAAAUUAAAUCCACUCUGUAAAUGCAGGUAAAAUUCCCUGGCAAAUUCAUUAUUGAAUCUGUAACUUUCCUCCCCAAAUACAUCAACUCACACGUCCUAAUUGUCUUGUUUUAUUCUUCUAUGAUUUUUAUGAUCUACCUGCAAGACCAGCUUGGUUCAGUUUAGAUUAAUACUGAAAAUAUAGAAUGUCACGCACCACGAUGCUCGGUUUCACUUUUAAUACUGUAGCCAUUUUGAAAUCAGCCGCACUGCGCGUCUCCUACCUCAUUCUUGUAAUACAAAAGAAAUUUCACAAAAAUGUACUGCCAAAGUCUGGUUUUAAGUGUUACAUUCGCCAUUUCUUGUUACAUUUGGCAUUUCUAGAUUUGUGUAUAGGCAGAAAUGUUUCCUUUAGAAACUAAAAUCUAGAGUGUUUGUUCAUUUAGCUCGGAGUAAUGGGAAGAACUGACAAGUGAAUAUCAACACUGCAAACGUUAGGUCAUAAAAGAUUAAUUGGAAAAAUAACUUGAUUUUGUUCUCCUAUUUAUAGAUAACUUGUCAUUUCUCCACAAUUUCCAGUGUAGUCCUUAACACAUAACGUUUUCUUGUCUGCUCUAUUUACUAAUCUGCAGUUGGCUGAACGGAGCCGGGAGCUAGCUGCUCUGCGCAGUGAAUUGCAGCGCUGCCAACAAAGGAAGAACGAGCUGGAGCGAGAGUGCACUGCUCAGGAGGAACGAACGCGUAGAUUGAACAAAGAUAUGGUUGUUUUACGGGACAUGCAGAGACAGAAAGAACAGGAGGUAACAGGACGAGGGGAAAAAGAGAAGCGGUUACAGUCUUACACAUUCAGUGUUAAUUAUUAAGUAGCUACAGCCACGUUUCUUUUUUCCCACUGCAGGAGGAAGCUUGUGAAGGGCGUUUAAGAGAAUUAAACAGUCAGCUGCAGCACUGGCAGCGGCUGCACCAAGAGCGUGCACAGGAGCUGGGGCAGAGGGAAGAAGAGCUGAAACAGCUCCAAGAGCAACUGUCAGUUCUGAUGGAGAAACGAAAGAACGAGUGCAGAGAGGUAGCAACCCAACACAUUAUGUAUCCUACUGUCACUGCCAUAUACCCACACCAUGCAUCUCAAACUACUACCGUAGCCAUAUACCCACACCAUGCAGCUCAAACUACUACCAUAGCCAUAUACCCACACCAUGCAGCUCAAACUACUACCAUAGCCAUAUACCCACACCAUGUGGCCCAAACUACUACGGUAGCCAUAUACCCACACCAUGCAUCUCAAACUACUACCGUAGCCAUAUACCCACACCAUGCAUCUCAAACUACUACCGUAGCUAUAUACCCACACCAUGCAGCUCAAACUACUACCGUAGCCAUAUACCCGCACUGUGAGCCUAAACUACUACCAUAGCCAUAUACCCACACCAUUCAGCUCAAACUACUACCGUAGCCAUAUACCCACACCAUGCAUCUCAAACUACUACCGUAGCCAUAUACACACACCAUGCGGCCCAAACUACUUCUAUAGCCACAUAGCUAUAUACCCACACCAUGUGGCCCAAACUACUACCAUAGCCAUAUACCCACACCAUGCAGCUCAAACUACUACCGUAGCCAUAUACCCACACCAUGCAUCUCAAACUACUACCGUAGCCAUAUACCCACACCAUGCAUCUCAAACUACUACCGUAGCCAUAUACCCACACCAUGCAUCUCAAACUACUACCGUAGCCAUAUACACACACCAUGCGGCCCAAACUACUUCUAUAGCCACAUAGCUAUAUACCCACACCAUGUGGCCCAAACUACUACCAUAGCCAUAUACCCACACCAUGCAGCUCAAACUACUACCGUACCCAUAUACCCACACCAUGCAUCUCAAACUACUACCGUAGCCAUAUACCCACACCAUGCAUCUCAAACUACUACCGUAGCCAUAUACCCACACCAUGCAUCUCAAACUACUACCGUAGCCAUAUACCCACACCAUGCGGCCCAAACUACUACCGUAGCCAUAUACCCACACCAUGCGGCCCAAACUACUACCAUUGUCAUAUACCCACACCGUGAGCCCAAACUACUACCAUUGUCAUAUACCCACACCGUGAGCCCAAACUACUACGAUUGUCAUAUACCCACACCGUGAGCCUAAACUACUACCAUAGCCAUAUACCCACACCAUGCGGCCCAAACUACUACCAUAGCCAUAUACCCACACCAUGCGGCCCAAACUACUUCUAUAGCCACAUAGCUAUAUACCCACACCAUGCGGCCCAAACUACUACCAUUGUCAUAUACCCACACCGUGAGCCUAAACUACUACCAUAGCCAUAUACCUACACCAUGCGGUCCAAACUACUACCAUUGUCAUAUACCCACACUGUGAGCCCAAAAUACUACCAUAGCCAUAUACCCACACCAUGCGGCCUAAACUACUACCAUAGCCAUAUACCCACACCAUGCGGCCCAAACUACUACCAUUGUCAUAUACCCACACCGUGAGCCCAAACUACUACCAUAGCCAUAUACCCACACCGUGAGCCCAAACUACUACCAUAUAUACCCACACUGUGAGCCCAAAAUACUACCAUAGCCAUAUACCCACACCAUGCGGCCUAAACUACUACCAUAGCCAUAUACCCACACCAUGCGGCCCAAACUACUACCAUUGUCAUAUACCCACACCGUGAGCCCAAACUACUACCAUAGCCAUAUACCCACACCGUGAGCCCAAACUACUACCAUAGCCAUAUACCCACACUGUGAGCCCAAACUACUACCAUAGCCAUAUACCCACACUGUGAGCCCAAACUACUACCAUAGCCAUAUACCCACACCAUGGGGCUCAAACUACUACCAUUGUCAUAUACCCACACCGUGAGCCCAAACUACUACCAUAGCCAUAUACCCACACCGUGAGCCCAAACUACUACCAUAGCCAUAUACCCACACCAUGGGGCUCAAACGACUACCAUUGUCAUAUACCCACACUGUGAGCCCAAACUACUACCAUAGCCAUAUACCCACACCAUGCGGCCCAAACUACUACCAUAGCCAUAUACCCACACCGUGAGCCCAAACUACCACCAUAGCCAUAUACCCACACUGUGAGCCCAAACUACUACCAUAGCCAUAUAUCCACACCGUGAGCCUAAACUAUUAUUUAGCUUUCUACCAUUGCCAUAAAUUUGUACCAUGUACCCCAAACCACAGCUUGUUUCCUUUCCACAGAGGGAGGCUGUACAGGCUACACUGAAUCAAUUGAAGCAGAGAUAUGUUGAGGCCACAACUGAGGUAGGAUGUGAUAUUCAUACCAAACACAAGGAUUUGUUUUGCAAAAUGAAAUACCUUUACGUGACAGAAAGUUUGAUUGUAGAAACAUAGAAUGUGACGGCUGAUCUAGUCUGCCCAAUAUUUCAAAAUACUUUAACUUGCCUAUGCCACACAUGCUUAAACUCCCUCAGUGUGUUAACCUCUACCACUUCAACUGGAAGGCUACUCCAUGCAUCCACUACCCUCUCAGUAAAGUAAUACUUCCUGAUAUUAUUUUGAAACCUUCGCCCCUUUAAUUUAAGACUAUGUCCUCCUGUUGUGGUAAUUUUUCUUCUUUUAAAUAUAGUCUCCUCCUUUACUGUGUUGAUUCCCUUUAUAUAUUUAAAUGUUUCUAUCAUAUCCCCCUGUCUGGUCUUUCCUCCAAGCUAUACAUGUUAAGAUCAUUUAACCUUUCCUGGUAAGUUUUAUCCCGCAAUCCAUGAACCAGUUUAGUAGCCCUUCUCUGAUAUCCUUCUAGAGAUAUUUGCUAUCUCUACACUGGGAGCAGUAGUUGAAAUAAUUCUCCCAAGGACCUGGGGUAAAAUACGGCUAUUUUAUGCCCUAUGCUGGCUAUCCAGGCUGGGCCAGACGCUGACAUUGGGUGGAGCGCACAAUCUAUUGUAAUAGAUGAGGGGAAAGCAGUAACAGGGAGACAAACUGGGCAUGACGGUAACAGGAACAGCAAACACAAGUUAACUAGAGAUGAUUUAACAUGAAAUAUAUUUUAUUUCCAUGAAGCCAUUUUGGACAUUGCUGAGAUAUCUUUACAGGAAGUAUGGCUGCAAUGAAUUUUCAUAUAUUAAAGGGACAGUUUAGGUACAAUACAAAUUUGAUGCAGGUUUUGGUCUCGUUAAUAUGCUUUUGUUGCAUGCUCAUAAUCCUGCCUCUUUAGCGACACCCCUCACUCCACAAAGACUUCCUUAACCAAGGUAUAUACACAGCUCAGCCCCAACAGCACUGAGUGAGCAGCUUUUAAUUCACAUCCUGACUGCAGACAGAGAAAUCCUUACUAGGUGUCUUCCCGAGUGUCCUCUCAUUCUAAUGAUGGUUGCUUUGUAAUUCCGAUCAUUUAGUAGUAGUACUAUCAGUGACUGAGCUGUGUACAUACCUUUGAUAAGGAAGUCAACCUGACAAGUGGGUGUGGCUUAGGAGGCAGGCUUAUGGAGCAGAAUUCUGCCAAAAAAUUUUUUUUUUUUUUAAAUGCAAAAACUAUAAAUAUUUAAGCAUUCAAAAAAAUACAGCAUAUUAAUGAGGCUAAAACCUAUCAACUGCAUUAAAAAUUGUAUUGGUGCACAGUGUCCCUUUAAUUAAAAAAAAAAAAAACAUAAAGUGGACUCUGGCCCUGCACGAGUUUCAUUUGAAUUUUGGGUCUAAAUUAAGUCAGUCUUUAUGAAAUUUUAUUUUAUUUUGGAGAAUAGAGUCUAAUCUGCCCUCUUCAGAUAAAUUACUGGUAAAUCAGGGGAUGUUCCUUCCUCUUCAUUCAGGAGUUAAUUGCCUGGUAGAGAGUUGAGGACUGGGUUGGGAACCUAUGGCCUUAAGUACCCCAUACCAGUCCAGGAUGUAGAGAUUAUCCUGUUGUCUAAAGUGUGGGGUUUUUUUUUUUUCUUACACCACCUUAGAUCCAACAGGGUAAUCCCAGAAUCCUGAACUGGUACGGGGUACUUGAGGACUUGGUUGGGAACCCCUGCAAUAGGAGGUGACCAAGAACUACCAGUGUCUGCUAGCAAUGACACAUUCUCGUUGAUCAACCACUGACGUGGAUUAGUAGAAGGUGCAGAAUGUGGCCCCUUGUUGCCUUCUCUUUGCAAACAGGUGCAUGCUAAAGACAGAAUUUGGGAUAGAGAACGGUCUGAAAUGAGGCACCCAUUGUACUCCCUACAGGUGGACGCUCUGAGAAGCUCCCUGGAAGCAGCACGUUCUGACUGUCGCAGGCUGCACCAUGAGAGCGAGCUGGUUGUGUGCAAUGUGAACGAAUGGGUGGAUGAGCAAAAGUAAGUGGUGUCAGCACAAUCCAUGUAACAUCUUCUCUCACACAGUACAAUGUCUACAAUCAUUCUCUCUCUCUCGGUCACAGAGAAGCCAACAAGGUGUUAUCUGAGAAAAUCCGUGAGCAAAGCAAGCAGAUUCUGCAGCUGACUACACAGAAAGAGUAAGACUUUAUGUAUCUCCUUUAAAAUUGUCAGAUCUGUGUCAAACCAGACCUUUACCUAGUUCAUUGACCCUUCCCACGGGGUUGGAGGGGAUACUUUCUAUUUUAAGCACCAAAUGUCUGUCUUCACUCACAGGCUUACUCCCUAACGAAUUGCCAAAUGUGGGUUAAAACAGAUCUGGAAAAAUUCUCCAACUUGGCUAUAGGCAGAGCUGGACUGUUAGUUUGAAUAAAUCGUUCACACUGUGUACAGUAACCUUACUUUUCAGGAUGGGACAGCAUUUAUCCAUGGUCAUGUUUAACCCAGUCACUGCUAGGAAUACUUAUUCCGCCCUUUAACCCAUUUAGUGCCAACAGUUAGAGCAACAAGGCGUUUCCAAACAGGUAGAGCUUGUAAGGCUGUUACAUAGUGCAUAAGGUUGUGAGAUAAAUCAUUUCAUGUUGGGUGGCACUGGAAAAGUGCUGACCUACUAUAUGACACAGCAGCAAUUUCUGUUCUAAUUUGUGUCCAGGAAAACACAGGUAGGACAGCUUGCUCCAUUACGAAGGUAUUUGAGUGGGAAGUGAAAAGGUCAGUUUCUCAAGCUGGGCAAGUAAAGUCCUGUUAAUGUCCAUAUCUCGUAUUGGUGAAAUCACUCCAUGCACUGCUACCGGUUAGAUGUCCAUACCUCGUGUUGGGGAAAUCACUCCAUGCACUGCUACCUGUUAGAUGUCCAUACCUCGUGUUGGUGAAAUCACUCCAUGCACUGCUACCGGUUAGAUGUCCAUACCUCGUGUUGGGGAAAUCACUCCAUGCACUGCUACCUGUUAGAUGUCCAUACCUCGUGUUGGUGAAAUCACUCCAUGCACUGCUACCGGUUAGAUGUCCAUACCUCGUGUUGGGGAAAUCACUCCAUGCACUGCUACCUGUUAGAUGUCCAUACCUCGUGUUGGGGAAAUCACUCCAUGCACUGCUACCGGUUAGAUGUCCAUAUCUCGUAUUGGUGAAAUCACUCCAUGCACUGCUACCUGUUAGAUGUCCAUACCUCGUGUUGGGGAAAUCACUCCAUGCACUGCUACCUGUUAGAUGUCCAUACCUCGUGUUGGGGAAAUCACUCCAUGCACUGCUACCUGUUAGAUGUCCAUACCUCGUGUUGGGGAAAUCACUCCAUGCACUGCUACCGGUUAGAUGUCCAUACCUCGUGUUGGGGAAAUCACUCCAUGCACUGCUACCGGUUAGAUGUCCAUACCUCGUGUUGGGGAAAUCACUCCAUGCACUGCUACCUGUUAGAUGUCCAUACCUCGUGUUGGGGAAAUCACUCCAUGCACUGCUACCUGUUAGAUGUCCAUACCUCGUGUUGGGGAAAUCACUCCAUGCACUGCUACCUGUUAGAUGUCCAUACCUCGUGUUGGGGAAAUCACUCCAUGCACUGCUACCGGUUAGAUGUCCAUAUCUCGUAUUGGUGAAAUCACUCCAUGCACUGCUACCUGUUAGAUGUCCAUAUCUCGUGUUGGGGAAAUCACUCUAUGCACUGUUAGCCUGAUGAAUAUUUCAUGUCACCACAGCCAUUUUCAGGAAGUGAUGGAGCGGCUCCAGCAAGAUAACAAGCGCCUGCGCAUCCAGGGGGAUGAACGGCGUAUAGAGAAUGAGCGACAGAAGGUGAGUCAUGUCUAAUCCUGAACUGGCCUUUUACCUCUGUCUACAAUAUGGAAAGGAAAAUAUAUGGCUAGUUUAGGUUCUAGGCUUAAAAGGACUUUUAUAAAUAGACCGGUCCGGUUAUAUCCUGGAUGUUUAGUGGCGAUAAACCCAAGAGGCAGCAAUGGCCCAGAGCACCUGCCUUGAAAAGACUUCUCACUGAGCUCCAUUGGGAAUCUGUGAUUGGACAGAAAGUCUGGGUGGAGUUAAAAGGGGAGGUCUUGCAAAGGCAGCAGAUUUUAUAAGAUGUUUUCAUUGGGCAGUAUAUCUACUUAACAGUAAAGUGUCCAUUUAAAAAGAAUUCGCCGAGCACAAUAACCACUAUAGAGUACAAUGCCACCCCUCCCAUGCAAGGGAUCAAACUACCUCAUAAUCUGGUGUCCUCUAGGUGAGAAGUCAAACAGUUACCAAAUGGUUUGAUUACUAACAUAUAAUUUUGAUUAUAUUAUGUGUAUCGUAUAUUCAUAUUAUAUUCUACGUGCAUAUUCAUGUAAUUUUGACAAUUUUAGAGUGUCUUGGAAAGUUACAAAUUUAAAUUUCUGCCUGGGUUGUUAGACAGGUCCCUAAGUACCGUUUUACUCAGUAGACUUCGCUGAACACAAAUAAGUGUUUCAAAACAGUAAAACAUAUCACAGCGAUGAUAUUGUCAGUGAAAGUGACAUUAUUUUGCAUUUUUAACACACAAAACAGUACUUUCACUGAUAUUGUUGUGAUACAUUUUCCUAUUUUGAAUCACUAAUAUUUGUGUCCAGUGAGCUCUGAGUAUUACAGUACCCCCCAUGUACAGGUUUUAUAGUGUUUGUGAAAGUUACAUGAUAAAAUAUAAGGCUUGCAUAUCAGUUUUUUUUCAAAAAUUUGCCAGAUUGGUUAUGUUUCCUUUGAGAGCGUAUGGUAGCCCAGGAAUGAGAAUUACCCCCAUAAUGGCAUACCAUUUGCCAAAGAAGGCAACCCAAGGUAUUGCAAAUGGGGUAUGUUCAGCCUUUUUUAGUAGCCAUUUCGUCACAAACACUGGCCAAAGUUAGCGUUCAUAUUUGUUUUUUGCAUUCUUAACACACAAAUAUAAAUGCUAACUUAACUACUAAAAUAUGUCUCAACAUACCUUAUAUUGAAUACGGUGGGUUGUACUCGUGAGACAUUGCUGAAUACAAAUAUGUGCAUUUUAUUGCAGUAAAAGCCAAUAAUAUUUGACAUUCACAGUUAAAAUGCCACACAAAACUAAAAGAUUUUUUAGAAAAUCUUUAUUUCUCACAUUUUAUUCAUAAUGAAUUAUGUUUCAUAUAUGAAUAGUUCAUGUCAAAUGAAAAGCCCUGUUUCUCCUGAACAAAAUGCUAUGUAAUAAGUGUGGGUGCACUUAAUGAGAGAGGAGAAUUAUGGUUGAACAGACAUAUAGCAAAUUCCAGUAUUUGUUUUGAUCACAACGUGUACAACUGGCUCAGUCUGUAAGGGGUUAAACUCUCCAUAGAGCUAUAGUGUGUUUGGUGCUAUGCAAGCACACUACAAUGAAAAGGUGGCAUGGAAUUAUUAAUAUUUGUGUUAUGGUAUAUUUUCCUGCAAUUAAUAUUUAUGUUUGACUUGCCUAGCUGAGCCUGCACCAGUCAGACCUCGAACGUCAGAGCGUCAGCCGUGCUGCUACGGAGGAGCCAGGGUGAGAAUCAAUCAGAGUAAUAUUUGUUCUGCUUUUAUCGUGUUUGUCACUAAAAGAUUCUUGUUCUGUUCAGGUCUCUACGGUCUGCACGGCGGGCGUUUACUAGUGAUGGAAACUUGAGGACAAAACCACGUGCAGGUCACUGA